GUGUGAACAAAGCUGGUCCUGUCUCCUGGUGACGCCUAGCUCUGGGUUGACAUCCGGUACAGAGAGAGAGAGCGAGACGCACAGCUGGCGCAUGACGUCAGUGGGCGGGGCUGUCAUGGCGGCUGGGCUGACAGCUGAGGAGCCGCUGCGGUGCCGGUGAAUAGCGCCGAGUGUCCCCGGUGUCAUGGAGGGUGCCUGCCCGGUACCCGGAGCCGCCGAGCCGCAGCCUGUGUGCGGGGACAGUGCCAGCCUCCCGGGGGCGGAGGAGGGGAUGGAGGGCGGACCGAGCAGCCCGGCUCCCUGCUCCGUCACCCCCGAGGAGCCCAGCAGCAGCAGCGGGCAGAGCCCGGCCGGGGGGCCGCACAGCCUGGACUCGCUGGAGUCCUUCUCCAACCUGCUCUCCUGCCCCAGCUCGGACCUGAACAGCGAGGGGCCGGAGGACAGGCUCCCGGGCCUGGCGGCGGCCGAGGAGGAGGAGGAGGAGGGCGGGCUGGCGGCCAGGGAGAGAUUCCCCGGACAGUCCGUCUAUCACAUCAAAUGGAUCCGCUGGAAGGAGCAGAGCACGCCCAUAGUCACCCAGAACGAGAACGGGCCCUGCCCAUUGCUGGCCAUCAUGAACGUGCUGCUCCUGGCAUGGAAGGUAUCUGAUCACAACCAAAUCCCGGCACCCUCAACCACUGGCCCUCCCAGAUCCCGGCACCCUCAGCCACUGGCCCUCCCAGAUCCCGGCACCCUCAGCCACUGGCCCUCCCAGAUCCCGGCACCCUCAGCCGCUGGCCCUCCCAGAUCCCGGCACCCCCAGCCAGCCCCUGGCCCUCCCAGAUCCCGGCACCCCCAGCCACUGGCCUUCCCAGAUCCCGGCACCCUCAGCCACUGGCCCUCCCAGAUCCUGGCACCCUCAGCCACUGGCCCUCCCAGAUCCUGGCCAGCCACUGGCCCUCCCAGAUCCCGGCACCCUCAGCCACUGGCCCUCCCAGAUCCUGGCACUCUCAACCACUGGCCCUCCGAACCGCCGGGCAAUGUAGCCACUGGCCUUCCCAGAUCCCGGCACCCUCAGCCACUGGCUCCUCCCAGAUCCCGGCACCCUCAGCCGCUGGCCCUCCCAGAUCCCGGCACCCCCAGCCACUGGCCCUCCCAGAUCCCGGCACCCUCAGCCGCUGGCCCUCCCAGAUCCCGGCACCCUCAGCCCAGACCCCGGCACCCUCAGCCAGACCCCGGCACCCUCAGCCAGCCGGCCCUCCCAGCCCUCCCAGACCCCGGCACCCCCAGCCAGCCCUCCCAGACCUCACCCCCACCACUGGCCCUCCCAGAUCCCGGCACCCUCAGCCACUGGCCCUCCCAGAUCCCGGCACCCUCAGCCACUGGCCCUCCCAGAUCCCGGCACCCUCAGCCAGCCCUUGGCGCUCCCAAAUCCCGGCAGAUGAUGUAAAAACAGUGCUAGAAAAUAUAAUUAAAUCUCUUGUUUGGGUACCACAUCCCUGUUGUUGACAAACUCACCCCGUACACUUUUUUCGCACCUGUACUAUUUACUGACAGCAUGCAUUGUGAGUAACAUAUGUUUCCAAUUCUUACAGUGCUCAGUGGUGACGUAAUGGCAGUUAGUCUGAUUUAGACAAUCACAGUGUUCGUAUUCUAGAUCCAAUUAGUGCCAAAUAUAAAUACAAGAUUGUAGUAGCUAUUAAAACAGCCUUUUGUCAAGUUUUUCUCUUCUACUGGAAAAGUGCAGUGUAAUUUAUUUUUUUCUUUUGUUGAUGCUCUCCUAGUAUAUUGAGCUAGUUGUUCACUAGACAUCAAAGUAAUACAGUAAAGACUGCAUUAUUUUAUUAUUUGUAUUGACAUUGUGAGGACUAAUGAUGUGUAUUAAAAAAAAACUAAACACUUGUCUGCCAUGGAGAGGUUGCCAAACUACAUAUUACAGGAACACUACAAACUCCGUACUGUACGGCAUAUUGCCAGGAGUGUCCUUGUGCCACCUCCUUGGAAGUAGUCUGACUGUUUUUGAAAACUUUGACUUCUAACCUCUGGAUUACUGUAGGAUCUGGUAGACUUAGAGUUGUGGAUAAAAGGCAUAUUGCACAGUCUGUUGCUCUUCAUAAUUCAUUUUCUGCACUUUCAGAGUGAGUGUAAUGAGGCAAGUGGUGUUGUGGAGAGAGGCACUGAGGCAAGUGGUGUUGUGGAGAGAGGCACUGAGGCAAGUGGUGUUGUGGAGAGAGGCACUGAGGCAAGUGGUGUUGUGGAGAGAGGCACUGAGGCUAGUGGUGUUGUGGAGAGAGGCACUGAGGCUAGUGGUGUUGUGGAGAGAGGCACUGAGGCUAGUGGUGUUGUGGAGAGAGGCACUGAGGCUAGUGGUGUUGUGGAGAGAGGCACUGAGGCUAUGGUGAGGCCUAACAGAAAACAGUUGUUGUUGGGGGAUUCCAUUAUAAGAGGUGUGGAGAUGGACAAUGGUGGUCUUGUGAGGUGUCUUCCCGGAGCUACUGCUCACAGAGACAGGAGACGUAUCUGUAAUAUUGUUAAGCAAGCAAAGCAGGAAGGGGAAUUGGAUGUACUUGUUCAUCUAGGGACAAAUGACUUGGCUUGCAAUGAGGUAUGAGGUUUGAGGUUAAGGAAGUUUUUAGUGUUUUUGCCAAUGAUAUACGGCAGGUUGCUUCCACACUGUCAUUCUCUGAAGUUCUGCCUGUGCAUAACACUCAGAACGACAGGCGGAUGCGUAUUAGGGACUUUAAUUUGUGGCUUGGUGAAUGGUGUCGGGAGCAAGGAUUUGACUUUAUUUCUCAUGGUAGCUCUGUUUGGAAUGGAGAUAAGCUGUACAAAAAAGAUGGUUUGCAUCUUUCUCAAAAGGGAACAAAUGUUCUCAGUGAGCAGUUCAGAGGUUUUGCUAGGAUGUAUUUAAACUAGGAGGGGGGGGCAAAAGGGUGAUAAAACAUCAAUCCAAUUGUCCCCCAAAACAAGGACAGAAGGUGCCUGUAGCAAGUGUGUUAAAAAUGAUAAGCUUAGAGUCAUGUCUACAAAUGCUCGCAGUUUAGGGAAUAAGAUUCAUGAACUUGUGGCAAUAAUGGCAACUGAUAGUGUAGAUUUAGUCGCUGUUACUGAGACAUGGUACAAUGAGAAAAAUGACUGGGACAUAGCAAUACCAGGGUACUCUUUAUAUAGGAAAGAUAGGGAAGGCAAGAAAGGGGAAGGGGUGGCCUUGUAUGUGAAGGAUAGCAUAAAAUCUAGCCUAAUAAAAGUUAGUGAGGCAAAUAUAGAGUCCGUUUGGGUUACAUUAGAAUUUGGUAAUCACACAGUAACUCGUGUAGGUGUGAUUUAUAGGCCCCCAGGACAAAUUGAAGAGUUAGAUAAUCUACUAGUUGAGGAAAUAGCUAAAAUGACAAUGAAGGGGGAAGUUAUCAUCAUGGGUGACUUUAAUCUUCCUGAUGUAAAUUGGAAAACAAAAUUAGCUACUUGUGCCAGGAGCACACAUAUUCUAAACUCCCUACUGGGAUUGUCUCUAAAACAAGUUGUUGAGGAGCCAACUCGUAAAGAGGCCAUACUAGAUUUAGUGUUAACAAAUGGAAAUUUGGUAUCAGAUAUUACUGUAGGUGAAAUUUUAGGAUCCAGUGAUCAUCAGUCAGUGUGGUUUAAUAUAAGAGUCACACCACACAAAAACAAAAGUUUUAGACUUUAGAAAAACAGACUUUUCUAAAAUUAGAAUAUGGGUAGAGAAGUCAUUAUUAGACUGGAGCAAUUUAAAUGGAGUCCAAGAGAAAUGGGAUUAUUUAAAAGUUGCACUAUUGAAGGCAACAGAAAAUUGCAUUAGGCUUGUCAGUAAAAGCAAAAAAUUCAAGAAACCACUGUGGUACUCCAUAGAUGUGGCCAAAAUAGUUAAAAACAAAAAGUUAGCAUUUAGGAAUUAUAACAAAACCCAGAGUGAGCAAGACAAAUUGAUCUAUAAGAUUAGGCAGAAAGAGUCUAAGCAAGUUAUAAGAGCUUCCAAAUCACACACAGAAGAGAAAAUAGCACAGUCAGUAAAAAAGGGGGAUAAAACAUUUUUUAGAUACAUAAAUGAGAAAAGAAAAGUAAAACAAGGAUUAGUUAGAUUAAAAACAAAAGAAGGAAGGUAUGUAGAAGAGGAUAAAUGUCUAGCUGACUGCCUCAAUGAAUAUUUUUGUUCUGUAUUUACAGAUGAAAAUGAAGGAAAGGGACCUCAGUUGAGAAAAAGGAUAAAUGAGUAAUUUAUUAUACGUGAGUUUACAGAGGAAGAGGUUCUAUUUCAACUGUCAAAAGUAAAGACAAAUAAGUCAAUGUGACCUGAUGGAAUACACCCAAAGCUAUUAAAAGAGCUUAGUGGUGUACUAGCAGAACCAUUAACAGAUUUAUUUAACCAAUCAUUGUUAAAAGGAGUAGUCCUAGAAGAUUGGAAGUUAGCGAAUGUUGUGCCCAUUUACAAGAAAGGUAAUAGGGAGGAGUCGGGCAUCUAUAGGCCAGUAAGCCUUAUUUCAGUAGUGGGGAAAGUGAUGGAAACCAUGUGAAAGGAUAGGAUUGAUGAACAUCUAAAAACACAUGGAUUUCAAGAUCAGAGACAACAUGGGUUUACUUCAGGGAGAUCAUGCCAAACUAAUCUUAUUGAUUUUUUGAUUGGGUAACUAAAAUAAUAGAUCAGGGUGGUGCAGUAGACAUUGCUUACCUAGAUUUCAGUAAGGCUUUUGACACUGUUGCACAUAGAAGGCUUAUCAAUAAACUGCAAUAUUUAAGUUUGGAUUCCAAUAUUUUUUUCUUCAAUGUGACAUUUUUUUAUUUUGUUGAUUUUCAAGAACACGGAGUACAGAAGGAGGUGGAGUAAGGUACAUACCUAGUUGUUUUUUUUUGUGUGUCAUUCUUGAUACAUAGUACCUUGAGCUACCUCCCACAGCAUGUUUCGUGAUCUUGCAACCCAGUAGAAAGUGUAUUGAGACAGACCGUAUCUGAGUGUGAGGUUACAGCAAUGACAAAGUUUUGUUGUGCUAUUUCCCUCUAACGUCCAUAUACAAGUUUGAGCUCCUGGGUGCAUGUAGGUGGGGCCACUCAUGGGCGGUGUGAGGUAGACUAGCUGUUUGUUUGGGGCUCGGCCCUGCUGUAUUAUUGGGUGUGUGUGCUUGGAGAAGGGGGCAAGUGGUUCCAUGUGGAACCACUAGUCCCCUUAGUCUUUAGGGUAGGAGGGAGUGUUAGUUGAUGCGGUGGAGGUCAUAUCCUCAUUCAACUCGGUGUUGAGUGUAGUGCCCCAGAAAAGUUGUAUUUGGGUGCAGGUCGAGAUUUCUGCUGCUCCAUUUGGCAAGUCUUGGGCAUUGUUGGGGAGUUAGUGAAGGGGGAGAUGCACCUGAAACAUAACGGGGGUGCUUUGAGGUGAGUCGCGAGGUAGGAACCGGGAGACUGCAGCAUUUAAAAAAAAAAAAGUGUUUAUUUUUUUCCCUCUUACUCCCGUUGUGUGGUAUUGAGGGUUUGCUGGAAUUCUUUCCAAAUUCCAUGUUCUGUAUGGCUCAUCUUUCCUAUUUUUGCCUGGUUCCACAUCAGCACUUCAUAGUCCAGUGUGGUUGUCACCAAGGUUAUUAUUUCUUUGGAGGUGGGCAAGGAUGGGGUUUUCCAAUAUUUAGCUAUGAGUGUGGGCACUGUAUUCAGUAUGAUAUAUAUUAGUUUUAAUGUGGUCCUGGGCAUGCCUUCAGGGAAUAGUUUGAGUAGGAAUGCUUCCGGUGUAUGGUAUAGAGCGUAUCCUGUUGCUUCUUUAAUUAACUCUGCUAUUUCAGUCCACAGCAUUUGUACUCUACUACAGGCCCAAGAAAUAUGGAGCAUUAUUCCCCUUUGUACUUGACACCUACAGCAGGGAUCGUUCACUGCAGGAUAGAUUUUGUGUAGACGUGUGGGGACCAUGUACCAGUGGUACAAUAGUUUACGGGAUGUCUCCAGGUGUGACGCACACAAUGCUAAACCUGUAUGUGCCUUAAAUAUUUUUCCCCAUUCUUUAUCUGUUAGUGUGUGUUCGAUAUCUUCCUGCCAAGCAGUCACGAACUUCCAUGUUGUAUUCUCCUGACUUGAUUUGUUUAACAUGUUAAUGUUUUUUGUGUCCGGUGUGACUGAACGCACAUCUGUUUAAAAGUGGUUAGUGCUGUGGUUGUGUUUGGUGUUGUGGACUGCAAGUCGUUUGUAACUAUGAGCGCUUUUAGUUGUAGGUAUGAGAAUGUGAGUCUGGUUGGGAGUGAGUAUUCUGCUUUGAACUCUGGGAAGUGGCGGAGGCUGUGUUUGUUGUAUAGAUGGUGUAGAUAGGAGAGACCCUGCUGCUACCAAGAGCUAUAGGGGAACGUUUUGUGAUGGUCCUAUUUCUAAACAUUAAAGGACACUUUCACACUGGGAAAAUAAAAUUUGUAGAUAUACCCCCAAUGAUUACAUUUAUUAUGCAUGCAGGUUUUGGGGGUAUAUUGUAAAAGAGCUUGCAAAAGCUGCAGUUCUAAUGACUCAAACGUUUGCAAGCACCCCCUUUUCCCCUGGAAGACACUUUUAGUCUCUUCACUGGGAAAUAGCCAGUCAAUCUUUUCAGUGAGAAGCCUCUGAAUCUGUGCGCACAGAUUAAAUGGGAAUUUUAUUUAUUUUGAAAAGAAUUGUAUUAGCAACAAUGUUUUUGUGUGUGCAAAGUUUUAAAAUGUAUAUUCUUGGUGGACUACAUGUUGUUGUUGUUAUUGUAAGCAAAUGGAGUGUUUGGGAUACUUAAUUUGCAACUACCAUAUGUGAUAAUGAUGCUCAUGCGCACUCGCACAUCUGGUCUGGGGUAUGUGGAGGAGUUGGGUGAGCUGAGAUCUGAAUUGGAGAAGGCAUGUGCGCCUCACUUUUAUUAGCUUAGUGGCGUUAACCUGGAGAUGGAAGUGACUCUCUCCAACCGAUUGAUACACAGUGGAACCUUGGAACUCAAACCUAAUCUGUUCUCAAAAGGCUGUUUGAAAACCAAAUCAAAAUUUUCCAUAAGAAUGAAUGUAAAUUAGAUUAAUUUGUUCCAGACCGACAAAAUUACAGCAUUUUUACACAAAUUUUACAGUUUAAUACCUUACAUGCAUAAGAUCAUACAGACAACCAAUAAACACAAUGUAAAUGAAAUUAAAAUUUAACUUAACUUUACCUGUCUGCUCUGUUUGUUGACCGAAUGGAGCCGUUUUCUGACAGAAUGGCGUUCCGUUCGCUUUGUCUAGUGCUAGGAGGCCGAUGCCUCAUACCGACGAGGUACCAACGCGAUACAUGCUGUGUGAUUUUGUUCUAAUACAGAGUUUUGUUCAGGUACCGAGACACAUUUUUCUCAAAUUUUUUGUUUGAAUAACGAAUUGUUUGCGUAAGGGAGCGUUCAGAGGUUCCACUGUAUAAUAAAAAAUAGGGAUUUACCUUUACCUCAUUUUGACAAUUUAAUCAAAAGAUAAUAGUCUCACUAUUUCAAUAUGAGGGGUAGAAAAGUGCUAUUGCCAGUAAAGCUGACCAUUACCUCGCUGUGCUGUAGUGGUUGUGGUGCUUAGAAUGGCACUCAUUUUGUUUUUGGUGACCUUUUAGUAGUUUUAUAUUUGUCUUUUAUUAUCAUUUGCUUUUAUAACCCAUGCUGUUUUUAGUCAUUUCUUGAAUCAAGAGAUUAUUUUGUAGACGUAAUUGUUGUAUCUCUUAUUAAAAUAUCUAGGCCAAUAAACACUAUAAAAAGCAGCUUGCUAUGAAUGCUGCCUAUGAUUAAACCCCAUACUUGUUUGUUCCGUUUUUUUCCAUAAUGGGUAAUAUUAGUAAAUGAUCAGCUCCUGUUCAUGUUGUUAAUUUGGUCAGUGCUGUUGAAUAUGGAUCUGAAAUUACAUUGGCAUGCCGAGAGUUGGAACUAUUUGGCAUUCACUUACUUGAAAUCACACAGGAUAUUUAAAUAUUUGUGGCUAACAUUGCUGUAAGGCAACCAAAGUAAUUUCUGAUUAGAUGACUUUUUUUUUUUUUUUUAAAGGAAAUUUUGUUUAUUUUAAAAGAAAUUGUAUUAGCAACAAUGUUUGUGUGUGUGUGCAAAGUAUAUUCUCGGCAGACUACAUGUUGUUGUUAACAACAAUGGAGUGUUUGGGAUAAUUAAUUUGCAACGGCCAUAUGUGAUCUGAUAUUAAAUUUUGUUAAUGCAUCCUUCUGACUAGAAAGGUCCAUUGUUUCUGUCCCUUUGGCCAAAAAUUAUGUUCUAUAGUACAGGAGAUCCUGGUCUCACACCAGGGUUAAAUAUUUUACAUUGCAUGACCUAGCUAAAGAGUGCAUUUUUAUAGCUGCUGCCAGUCACAAAAUCACUUUUAAAACACUUUUUAUGCCCGUUUACAUCGAAAUCUACACAAUUCAGUGUCCAUGUGAUUUGACAUUAAAGGACCACUCUAGGCACCCAGACCACUUCAGCUUAAUGAGGUGGUCUGGGUGCCUGGUCCAGCUAGGGUUAACCCAUUUUUUCAUAAACAUAGCAGUUUCAGAGAAACUGCUAUGUUUAUGAAUGGGUUAAGCCUUCCCCUAUUUCCUCUAGCGGCUGUCUCAUUGACAGUCGCUAGAGGCGCUUGCGUGCUUCUCACUGUGAUUUUCACAGUGAGAGCACGCCAGCGUCCAUAGGAAAGCAUUGAUAAUGCUUUCCUAUGUGACCGGCUGAAUGCGCGCGCAGCUCUUGCCGCGCGUGCGCAUUCAGCCCAGGAGGAGGAACGGAGGAGGAUCGGAGGAGGAGAGCUCCCCGCCCAGUGCUGGAAAAAGGUAAGUUUUAACCCCUUUCCCCCUUCCAGAGCCGGGUGGGGGCACCCUCAGGGCACUAUAGUGCCAGGAAAACUAGUAUUUUUUCCUGGCACUAUAGUGGUCCUUUAAAACAUAAACAAACCAGCAGGCUUAUAAGAACACUCCAAACACCAUAGCUGUAGAAGACGACUGGAUCUCAGGUAUGUUGUCAAACUAUUCAGACAGUUUGAUUACUUACACUGAGACAGUGCUACGAAACCCCUGACACCAAAACCACUACCGUGCGCUUUAGUGGUUGUUAUUUGGAGUGUUCCUUUAAAAAAGAAAAUCAUGGAAUUGAGAUUUUUUUUGUUUAACGAAAUGUGAUCUAAAUUUUUUACUCCUCAAAGUAGCCACCUUUGGCAGAUGUAACAGCCAAGCAAAUUACAUUCUUUCUAAAAUAGAAAUGAAAUAUUGUAUGGAAAGUUUAUUCACAAUAUUGUUUCAAAUGUGUUUGUGAGUUGCAUUGUUUUCACACUUUUAUCUGAUCUGUAAACAUGCAACUUGAUUUCUUUUCUUCAUAAAUUAAAGUGAUUAUUUCUUUGAUUAUUGUUAAGCUGUGCUUGAAGCUGUUCUGUGAGCCACCCAUCGCGACAGCUGCUGAGUCCCAGUUACUUCCUGUGUAGUGGUAAUGAUGCAAAGUGUGCCCUGGCAUCCUUUCCCAGUAAUGGAGUCCCACUAAGCGCCAAAUCUUCUAUGCCGGCAGGAUGUUGAUCCUGCCGACUAUUCAUGGGCUGAAAGAAUUUGAUAACCUUAACUUGUUUCUUUAAACUAUGGCACUGUACUGCUUACUUAUGUAACAUUCCAUGUUAUUUACUGUACUUUAACUGCUCCGGUUUCAAUAAAAACUGGGAAAAUUAAGGCUAGCUAAAACCUUUGAUUAGUAAUGUAUAUAAAACUAGGCUAGCCAACAAUUUACAGUAGAUCUGAUUUUAUUAUAUUUUUAGCUUGCCCAAAGUUUGUCACACUAUAUCUAUGAAGCCUCUAGGUUGUGUUUUUGAAUGUAUUUAUUUUUACAUUUUAUUUAGCUUUUAUUAUGUAGAAUUCUACAGCAUAGUACAUAUAUAACUAAGGAAAGCGUUCUAUAGGCACUGCACACUUUUUAUUGUAAAACAAUACAACUAUAAGAGCAACAUAACAGAACCUUCAAAGUGCUUGUAACGGAUCUCCUAUACUCCGGCUAAUUGCCACUAUGCCUCAAGCGUCCUCUAAUUCCUUUAAAGUUGUUCGUUUGAGCCGUUAGUUUUGUUGAGCCAUUCACUUUUUCUUUCAGUUCGGGAGAAGAAUCCCACUUCUGCCACCUGUGUAACGGAUCCCCUAUACUCUGUCUGAGUAUAUCCGUUCUAAAUCUCCCAAGUCCCAAGCUCAAUAGUGAUUAUAGCUCCCAAUUACUCAAACAUCAGUCUUGACUUGAUGACGGGUAGAAACAAAUGUAUUUAAUCAUGACUAAAUGGCCUACUUGUAUACAAAACAGGGAUGCAGUAAAACACGCCCAGAACACUUCCACAAAAUGUCCCCAAAUACCAGUGUCAGCAUGACUAGGCAUAAAUGACAUAAAAUAUUAAAACACAUAAAAAUACAUAAUAUUAGGGACUAGGGCACAAUAGCGUUAAGAUUACAGAUUUGUAUUCCUGACACUUUAGUGUUCCCUUAAGCUCCAACUUUUGUUAAAGGACCACUCUAGGCACCCAGACCACUUCAGCUUAAUGAAGUGGUCUGGGUGCCAGGUCCAGCUAGGGUUAACCCAUUUUUUCAUAAACAUAGCAGUUUCAUAGAAACUGCUAUGUUUAUGAAGGGUUAAGCCUUCCCCUAUUUCCUCUAGCGGCUGUCAAUAAGUGAGAGCACGCCAGCGUCCAUAGGAAAGCAUUAUGAAUGCUUUCCUAUGUGACCGGCUGAAUGCGCGCGCAGCUCUUGCCGUGCGUGCGCAUUCAACCGACGGGGAGGAGAAGAGGAGGAUCGAAGGAGAGCUCCCCGCCCAGCGCUGGAAAAAGGUAAGUUUUAACCCCUUUCCCCUUUCCAGAGCUGGGCGGGAGGGGGUCCCUGAGGGUAUGUUUUCCUGGCACUAUAGUGGUCCUUUAAGAUUUGUCAAGUGGAGGGACAGUAUAGUGUUAGGAAUACAGACACUCCUCACUUACCGACCGGGUUCCGUUCCUACGACCCGGUCGUAGCAUGAAUUGGUCGGCAAAUGAAGAGUUAAGGGAUUCCCUGCUCUGGUGCACUUGUCUAUGUUCGGGGAAAUUUCCCCGAACAUAGAACGCAGUAGAGCAGGGAAUCCCUCUAGUUCCCACGACGGCUCGCACUUACCACCCUGCGAGAGAGCUGGUCGUACGUGUGAGCCAUUGCAAAACAAGGACCACCUGUACAGUUUUGUAUUCUUAACACUAUAGUGUUCCUUUAAUCAAAAUAAUAUCCAUAUUUUAAUGAAAUCCUGAAAUACCAGACCAAGCACACUCAAAUAACCUCUGUAUACUAAGAGAAGACUGGCUGUGCGUUUACCUACCUUCUUAUCAGAUCCUGAAUAUUUACCCUUUAUAGCCACUAAAUUAUGUACAGCAUUACAAAGAUGGCCAUAAAUGCAUUUUUCUGCAUUUUUUUUUUUCCUUUUAGAGUCGUCUGUAAUUCCACAAGAUUAAUGUUCCUUGUUUUACAACCGAACACUAGAUAUUAAUCUUUAAAUGAUAUAGCUGAGUGUUUUUAAGAACCCCAUUAAUAUUUAAUGCGUUUGUCUGAAGUUUUCAGAGCUGAUGCUACUGUUAUUCUCUCCAUUUUGAUUAUCAAGGCAGGGUGCUUCUUUUUCAGUCAGCAAAGGCGAAGACUAGCGGUAAUUAGGGUUGGCCAAAGGCGAACUGCAGUCUUAUGAGAGAACAGAUGUCCUUUCCACUUACGCUAUCAAUAGUGCCUAUGCUGUGUUAUUAUGGAGGUUCUCUGUGGCAUCUAUGCCUUUUAUAUCUUUACCUUUUAUUUAUGUAUUAAUAAAGUAAUUCUAGAGCCUGCUUGAAAGUAAUAGGGCCUUGUUUGGCAUGUGGGCAAGAAGAAUAGCUUCCCCUCGCACAUCCUUGAUCUCACAACGGGAAGAGUCAUAAUAUCCAUGUAAUGUAAAAUAAAAUGUAAGUAGAUAACCUUGUUUUGCCAACCUUUGCAUGCUGAAAUUGUAAGAAUAGUAGGAAUUUAACUUCAGCUACGCUUGUGUUUUUUUUUUUUUUGUUUUUUUUUACCGUAGGCCAGGGGUUCCCAAUUAAUUUUUCCUGUAGAACCCUUUGACAUAGUGUAUCAACAUCGUGGAACCUCCAACCCUCCUCCCACCCAGAAAAGGUGCAGUUUUCUGUAUGUGUUGCUGUGUCAAGGUGUGCGUAUCUGUGUGUGUAUCUGACACACAGAUACACACACACACACACUCAGAUGCACACAGUGACAUACACACACUCAGAUACACACACACAUUGAAACAUACACACAGUGACACACUCAGAUACACACACACACACACACACACACACUCUGACAUACAAACACACUGAUAUACACUGGCACACAGAUACAAACCUUGACACACUCAGGUACGCGUACGCUCUCACUGACAGGCACGCACACAUAGGGAGAUCACGCCCACUGCUCCCUUGUCGCCUGCGGCCAUUUUGUUUGUAGAACACCAAUUGAGAAACGCUGCCCCAGGCCUAAGUUUGCUGAAGUGCCUUUUUUAUUUUAAAAAUAAAUGGCACUUUUCUAUUUGAACCAUUUUACAUCCUCUGGCUGUCAGCCAGUCCUGUCACUUGCUGGUAGUUAAGCUAUGUGGAGGGCAGGUAAUUGCCUAGAGCACCUGCCUUGCAAAGUCUUCUCAAUAAGUUGUGAUAUAGCUCAUUUUAAAGUGUGUGUGUGAGGAUUAGGGAUCGACCGAUUAUCGGUCUGGCCGAUAUUCUGUAUUUUCAGCAAUAUCAGUAUCGGCCAAUAAUGCAGACCAGGGCUGCCAUCAGGGUCCUGGGGGGCCUAAAUCUUGCGAGUCCCGCGGCCAUGGCAACGCGGCACACGGGCCGCAAGAGUUAGACAGGGGAACUUAAGGGAGCUGCUGGGAAGGUAAGAGUGUGCUGGGCCCCCUCUGAACAGUCCAUGCCACCGGACCACCAGGGAAUGCCAUAUCCCCCCCUCCCAGGCUAGGUAAGAAGCAGGGAGGGGGGACUAAAACAUAAUUAAACAUUUUUAUUUUUUUUAUAGUUAAAAAAUAUAAAAAUGCCCCAUCCCCCCAUUUUACACACUUAACAUACCUACACAAACACACACACUCUAUUCAUUAUAUACACAUACUACACAAACACACUGCAUUCAUUAUAUACACUCAAGGCACAAACACACACUCUGCAUUCACUAUACACACACACUACACAAACACACUGCAUUCACUAUACACACACACUACACAAACACACUGCAUUCACUGUACACACACACUACACAAACACAUUGCAUUCACUAUACACACACUACACAAACACUGCAUUCACUAUACACACACUACACAAACACUGCAUUCACUAUACACACACACUACACAAAUACACUGCAUUCAUUAUACACACACUACACAAACACACUGCAUUCACUAUACACACUACACAAACACACACGCUCUGCAUUCAUUUUGUACACACUUCACAAACACUGCAUUCACUAUAUACACAUGACACACACACACACACACUCUGCAUUCAUUAUAUACACACUACACAAACACACUCCAUUCACUAUACACACUACACAAACACACACUCUGCAUCCACUACACAAACUUACUGCAUCCCCUACACCAAUACACACACACACACACACUAAAUUCACUAAUCAAAUACUCUCACUGCAUCCACUGCACACACACAUAUUCUUGAAAACAUAAAUUCUGCAUUUACCUUAAUAAAAAAAAUUGCAAAAAAAGAAAUUAAUAAAAAUGUUCAGUUAACAGUAGGUUUGUGUAGAAAUAGUUUAUUUUUUAAAAAUGGGAAAUGUACAGAAUAUCGGUAAAUUAUCAGCCUAAAAAUUCACAUAUUAUCGGUAUCGGCUCUAAAAAAAUAAAUAUCGGUCGAUCCAUAUUCAGGAUAUUUACUAAAGUAAGAAUUCAAAAUUAAUUUAAAAUUUAGGUCAUAAUAGCUGAAAUUUGGUCUGAAUUUCAGGCUCACCGAACACCACUGGACAGCUGAAAUCUGACCAAAUGCUGGAAAUCCGAUGCUGGAUUUAGAGAAGAAAAAAGUCUGAACUAUUUGCCUGCUGGUAGCACUAGAAGUCAUCAAACAAAAAGAAAAAUGUGGCAGCGCAAAUUGGUAAUUCUAUGUUGAUUGGCCAGCUCUUGCUAUCUAGCUGCCACAUUAAAGUGACACUGUAGGCACCCAGACCACUUCACUGUCCUGGGUGCACUGUCCCUUUUGUACUUAGUGCUGCAAUGUUAACCGCUUGACUGACAUUUUCCAUCAAGGCAGACCUACCGUUAAGGACGCAUGAUGGAAAAUUUCCGUGCAUUUCAGUAAUUUACGAAAGUUAACCCCAGAUUGUCGCAAUUGCAGGGUUAACACUCCUCUGGUCUGCCUCGACAGGCUGUCAGAGCGAGCACAUGUGCUGCAGGGACUCCUGAUCCGCCUACUCGUGCUUCCGUGUUUAGUUUGAAGUGCAGGGAGACGGACCAGCAGUAGCCUUCUCAAGUGCUCCAAAGUGGGACACAGAUGCAUCAAAACCCUCCAUGAAAAUUCACACUUAAAAACCUGAACUUGUCACGUCUCUUUUACAGAACUGUAACUUCAGAAAAUAGUGUCUAGGUCAUACAUUGGGCAUAAUGUUUUAUUCAGAAGAUGUAACUGAGCAUAAUUUGGGGGAUUUUAUGACAAGUGUAAGAAAUACUCUGCAAAAAUGCAACAUGUAUGUAAAACUGCCACCCCCCACCUCACCACAAACAUUGACAUAAAUUGGUUUAAAAAAAAAAAAAAAUUGGGACAAGUUAAGGCAUAAUAUACACCAUAUAAGAUACCCUGGGGUGUCUGCUUUAUCAAAUGGAAGCCCUUUGUGGGGUUAGUUGAACAGUCAAACAACAAUAAUACCCCAAAAUGAGACAUAUGCCCAUCAUAUCCAUCUAUGAAAAUUCUAACUUUAGAAACUGAAAUAGCCUUGUCUCUUAUGUGGCAUUGUCGCUUCACAGAAUAGUGCAGAAUGCAUACAAUUGGGGUAUUGUUAUAAUCAGCAGAUGUAGCUGAACACAAUAUGGGGUUCUGUGCAGGAAUAGCACACACCAGCUUUACUAAAUACACAUUACAAAAACCUUAUUAUGUGUAUAUGCCAAUAUAGAGAAAAAACACUAUUUUACUCCAAUAUUUAGCAGAGAUUGGCAAUGAAAUGGCUAUGUAAAAAGUGUCAAAAUAACCUUAGGUAAAUACCUAUAUAAUAAGAGUAGAUAUGUCGAUAUCUGUUUUAUGCACACAAAAAAUAUAUAUAAACAAUUAUAUAUUGCAAAAAAAGUCAAAUUUAGAAGAGAGAACCGAUAUAACAAAGCUAUUCUUUCUUGAAAACAUCAAUAGAGAGGUAUCAGACGACAGUCUGGUGCGCAUAUAAAAGCGUAGUGCGAGGCCACCUAAUUAAAAUGUCAGCUUUAGCUAAAAAGAAAGAAACUCCGUCACUAGCAAAAUUAUAUACAAUUCUUUAUGAGCUUAAAGCCCAAACUAAAAGGACAGCUUUAUAUGAAACAGCAGAGAAAAUUAAGAACAUAGAAAAUUGCAUUAAUGAACAGCUAGCUAACAAAGCAUCCAGAAACCUAGAUUUUUUUUUGAGUCAAGUGUUAUCACAAAGGCAAUAAACCGGAAGAAAUGAUGACUAACAGAUUAAAAAAGGAAAAGAAUAGGAGAGUAAUUGCGAAAAUAAAAGAUAAAGAUACAUACUUAUUAGCACCAGACCAAUUUAGGCAGCGCUUUUGAACAAUUUUACACCAAAUUAUACAACCUGCCCAGCGAAACCUUCGUGAAUGAGCAGGAUGAGGAAAACUUUUAAAAAAAACAUCAAUAUCCCAAAAAUUACACCAGAGCAGCAGAGAGAAUUAAAUCAGACAACAACCAAAGCAGAAAUAACUAAAGCAAUAGAAAAACUCAAAAUAAAAACUUUGCUGGGCCCAGAUGGUUUUACAAACAUUUUUUAUAAAUUGAUGAGAGCUUAAAAUCAGAACUCACCAAAUAGUGAAUAUGGGUAAAUGCCCAGGAGAGUUUUUAAGAGCAAAUAUUGUUCCUAUCCCUAAAAAUAAGAAGGAUGCAGAGCUAAUUAGUAAUUAUCGCUCAAUCUGUCUGAUUAAUUCAGAUAUAAAAAUAUUUUCAUCAAUCCUAGCAGAAAUAAUUAAAAACAUCAUCCCAACUCUCAUAUCUUCUGACCGAGUUGGUUUUAUUCCCGGAAGAUCAUCAGUUAACAGCUUAAGAAGAAUUAUAGAAAUCAUUGAUAUAGAGAGAAGUGGAACCCCACUCGUACUCCUGUCAAUAGACGCUGAAAAGGCAUUUGACAGGGUCGGGUGGGGUUUUAUAAUUAGUGUUAAAAAAAAAAUGGCAUUGAGGGCCCUGUACUGCAAGCGAUUUUAGCUUUGUAUGACUCUCCACAUGCCAAGGUUAUGGGCUCAGGAUUCUCUUCCCAUUGGUCUAAUAUAAAAUAUGGGACUAGACACGAGUGUCCCCUGCCUCCCCUUUUAUAUAUCUUGAUUUUAGAACCCCUGGCAAUAACCAUAAGGCAAAAUCCUAAAAUCAAAGGCUACACAUCAAAAUCCGGUCAAGUUAAACUGACCAUAUAUGUAGACGAUAUCUUACUAUCGUUAGGAGUUCUGGGACAGAGGAUUCAGGUUCUUCUAACAGAUAAAUAAGUAUGCAAAGGGUCUCUGGGUACAAAAUAAACAUAGCUAAAUCAGUCUUUAUUGCAAAAAAUAUGGCUAAGACAGUAACAGGUUUUUUUUAACAGGAAAUCUAGGUUUAAUAAACAAGAAAAAGAGCCUGAACUUCUUAGGUAUAGCCAUAACCCCAGAAUUGAAAUAUUUAGUAGAAGCAAACUUCCUUCCUUACUAAAACAGACAAAUAAAAACUUGUUAGUCUGGAGAGGAAUGGGCUUCUCAUGGUCAGGAAGAUUUAACAUACUCAAGGCCUACAUAAUGUGAAAAUUGUUUUAUCUAUGGAGGAUGAUACCACUCAACUUUCCAGAAAGCUGGUUAGAUAUGUUACACACAGCAUUUAUAAAAUUUGCAUGGGAAGGGAGAAAACCUAGAGUCAAAAUGAAACAAUUAUCAAAAAGAAGGAAAGAAAGGAGGUUUGGGGUGCCCAGAGAUACGUCAACACUACGAAGCCAGUCACUUAUUCUAUAUAAUACUAACACAAAAUAGCUCCAUGAUUAAUGAAUUAUGGAACAUAAUCAAGAAAAAAUAACACUGGAGUAAAAAAAUCUGUCUUCAGUCUUCUGGGCGCUAGAUAUAAACAAAAAUCAAAUCACAGAUAUAAUCCUAAAAAGUACAAUAAUAAGAGAUCUAAUAAUCUGGUGGCAGAAAAUAAAAAGUUAGGCCUCCAAAAUAAAUUAAGCGAACUACUGCCAAUUUCGGUGAUUGAUGACAAUUUAGAAAACAAAUCUAAAUGCUUGGCAAAAUUUGGGUACUAAGGCACAAAUGUGCCAUACCAUCCAAAGAUAAAUUUAAAUAUGUAAGGCUUAAAGGAUUCAUCCUCACCUGUACCAUCAAGAAUAGAAAAGAAAAAUCAAAAACAUUCUUCCAACUAUUAGAGCUGCUAAAGAACUGUAAAAAUCUAUUAUGAAAAUGUGAGGAUGUAAUAUAUCAUCUGAGAAACGAUGAGCCUAUAAGUGCAAUAGGGAAAUGGAAGACAGACUUACAUUUGCAAAUUAAAGAGGAAGAUUGGAAGUACUCCCUUAAACUAUACAAACACAUCAGUUGCUUAAAUUUGACAGAUGUUCAUUUUAAAUUGUCAAAUAGGUGGUAUCUUACACCGAAGGUACUUUCAAAGAUCUCUCCAGAUAUUUCUACAAAUUGCUGGAGAUGUAAUAGGGGCACUGGAAGCUUAAUCCACAUAUGGUGGCAGUGCGGAAUGAUUGCCAAUUAUUGGAAAGAAAUAAUAAGAUUAAUCUACUAUGUUACAAAAAUGAAACUCAAAUUUAAACCAGAAUCAAUUAUUUUAAACUUGAAUUGGCCAGAAUUAAAAAAGAAAGCCUAAAUAAUAAUUUUACAUACUAUAACAGCGGCCAAGUUGUUUAUUGCACGUAACUGGAAAACAGCCGAUAUUCCCAAGAUCCAGGAGAUUAUUACGCAAUUUGUAUGGCAAAUAAAAAUGUAAAAGGGCAUAUUGAUGACCAAAUACAAAAAUAUAUAUAUAUAUAUAUAUAUAUAUAUAUAUAUAUAUAUAUAUAUAUAUAUAUAUAUAUAUAUAUAUAUAUAUAUAUACACACACACACACAAAAAUACUGUGGGAAACAAUAAGGGGAGGAAGGGAUGCAGUGAUUCAACUCUCCCUUUACUCUGCUCUGGAUUUUGCAGAGAGGAGAGCAGGAGGUUUGCAACUGUACCCCACAAGAAAAUACAGCUCAAACCUAGCAAUAUCAAAUACAUAUCUGAGACUUGCUUCGAACCUUGGGUAGUCCUAUAUGGAUACCUAUAUAAAUUUAAACGGUGGAAGAUGAGACAGGGGGCCAAAUGAUGACAAUAAUACUAUAUUAGGCCACCUUUUAUAGCUGUCCACCUAUUUCUUUUCUUCUCCGUUUUUCACUUCUCUUGCUGGUUUAUUUUUUCCUAAAUACAGAUAUAAAAAAUAAGUGGACUUCUCUCUCUCUCUGGAAUAAAGGAGCAAAUAGUGUAACAGGGGAAGGUGGAUCACAGGUGGGAGGAUCACUAGAGGGAGGCGGGAAAGGAUAGAAUUUUUUUUUUUUUCAGGGGUAUCGAAUAAUAAAAGUAGAGAUAUAGGUAAAUUUAGAAGAAAUAGUUUUGCGUAAUAUGAAGGAUUAUGAAUAAGGAGAUAUCACUCGCAAAAAUGAGGGAGAAAAAUGGGGGGAAAUAAAGAAAUAAAUGAUGAUAAUGGUAUUUAUGCAAACCCAGUGAGGGGCAUGGUCCUCAGACAAAAUUCGAGACGAUACCUUGAAAAAAAACCGCAUAAUGUAUCCUUUGUUGACCUUGUCAAAGUUCUAAUCCUUUAAAGAGUACCUGUUAGACUAUUUAGAAGUUAUACUCUUUUUCAUAACAUUCUAUCUUUAUGUUGUGUCAGCAGGUUUCCUAGCAAAUAUGUAGAUUGGGAGAAAGACCUGUUUAGGUCUUUCUUCCAAUGAGGUCUCAAAUGAGGCCUUUCUACCACCAGUCAAUCAGUUAGUUGGCAAAGACCAGAAGAGACGGUUCUCCUCUCCAAGCAUUUACACACAUGAAAUUACAUAUAUGUAUAUGUCCAAAUGGCGGCACUAUGUUUUGUGUCCGUGUGCUGAACCAAUGGCUUAGAAUAUAGCAAGCCCACAAAUAGACAGCACUCAUUAGACUAGGUUCCAAACAAUAAAAUAAAAAUAAAAGCAUACUUAUACCUUUUUCAAAAAAGCAACGUUGCAAUCCUCCUAUUGGGACCUUUUUCAAGCAUGACCUUGACGAAGAUCCCAAGAGGAGGUCCGAAAUGUCAUUUUUUUUCAUAAAGGGAUAAAACUGCUUUAGUUUUUUUUAUGUAAGUAAGUCCCAUGUGUGCGGUCUAUAAUUUGUGGUUUUUGUGUGUGUAUAUAGCUUUUUCACAUGCACAAUGUAUUGAUGAAACUUUGAACUAACCUUGUCAUCAAUUCUUUUAACUGUAAUGCACAAUGUUUACAUGUUUUUUAUUUUUAUUUUUUUUAUUCUUACGUUUCAUGUUAUUUGCAGAGAUGUGUUUCAUGGAAAACACAAUUCUGUUUUGCAGGUGAAAUUACCACCUAUGAUGGAAAUUAUCACAGUGGAGCAGCUCAUGGAGUAUCUUGGUGAGUGAUAAGGGGGUAAAACUGAUGUGUUUUCUAGAGAUGGAAAGGACCCUUUUUUUUUUUUUUUUGGUUCCCUGCUGUUGAGGGAUAACAAUCUUUUGAAUUGUAUAUUGUAGAGAACAAUUCCCAUGGUACAUCAUUCCAUGUAGGUGAGUGUCGGAGGGAGUUUCCUUCAUGUUAGUUAGCCGCCUUGUGGGAAAACAAUGAAAAGUUGAAGAACUGAACUUGGAAUGCAAAAAGAACGUAUACAGACACACAGCUUUAAUUAGUGAGGAGUAUUCCGUUAGCACUGCAAUGUUUCUGCUAGAGGUAAAAACAUUUGUGUGCCCAUCAUUAGUGUGUUGGGGUUAUUGGGUUGCAAUACCUUAUGAAUAAUGCACCAUAAACCAUAUGCUGCAGGGUCACAACCUACCUCCGUGUCAUGUGUCUAAUUAUAAAACAUCACAAUGCACACAACUGGGUUUACAUAUCACUCCCAGACAGAGAAACAUUUCAACGUGAAAUAAAGAAUUUGCCAAAAAUUCAAUGUGUUGAAGAACUGUUUUCAUUUAUGUGUAUGUUCCACUCUAUGCAUUUUAAUUUGAAUCCGUAGCAAGUGAAAAAUUCUUACUUGUCCCAGAUUAUGUGAUUAUUAUUUUUUUGUUUUGUUAUAAUUUAUCCUCCACAAUUGCACAUAUUUCAUAUAAGCAAUAUAUACUAGAUCUAAAUAGCAUAAUGCAAAUAUUUCAUAAUGAAAGCUGUUGUAGCCAGCUAGUCCUCCUUAAAUAGUUUUGCAAUUUUCCAAUUGAAACUGCCUCCUCUUCUAUUAUUUAAGAGUACCACUUUUAGUCCCGUGAGACAAAGGCCAUGUGUAAUUUAGUAGAGCUCUAACCAUGCUAACAAUAAAAUACUAAUACUAAAAUGUUAUCUUCUAUGCCAUCACUGGCAGUUAAAACUCAGCCGUGUGUGAUGGCAUGAAGCAUAUUGCAGCCUUAUAGAUAGAUAGAUCUAUAUAUAUUUAUAUUUUUUUAAUGGUCCUUGAGGCUUCAUGUUGAGCUGAUGGUGCUCAUUGUCUGAUCACUUUGCAGUCCCAAUGCUAUGUUUAAUAUAUCCAACUUUAUCAGUAUGCCAUCCAAAAUAUAACUUUAAUAUGUUUAUGUAGAACUUUUUUUUUUCUGCACGGUAACAAAACGUUUCUUCCAAUAUACUCUUUAAGCUCCAACGCUGUGGCGCGCGCGUAGGUUGCUCAGAACAGCAAUUUAUUUACUAUUUAUAGUUUACUGAUUACAGGCAUAAGGAUAAACCACUUUCUAUUGUGGUAUUUUGAUGUUGUUUUGGUAUCCAUUUAGUACAUGCCAUAAACCAGAAUCUCUACUUCACACAACUCCUUGAGAAGAGUAAUUCAGAGUUAACUCUGUCCUUUAUAAAAACAUGCAUGGACUCAAGUAAUUCCUAUACUGGGAUUUUUAAAUAUAGGUAAUUUCACUAAUCAUCUUUUUGCCAUAUCUAAUAUAUGUGAGGAGGGGGGGAAUACAAAUACAAAUGGUCAAAUACCUUGCUUAUAGAUAUUUGCAAGGAUAAUGAUUGGAUUAAUAGCAGUACAGCUUAAUGAAAAUGGCAACAAAAUGUAAAAAGAAUACCUGCAUUUGUAGUAUCAUCAGUAAAAUGAAAUAGUCCUAAAAACAGCUAUAGCAAUCUUUAUUGGUCUCUGCUAUAUUUACUCCUUCCCCCUCCCUGACUGUAGGAAUGACCACCCAUUGAAACUUACUGUAGUGUUUAAAUGUAGGGAAUGAGCUUACAGUUUCUGCAACAUUACAGACAUGAUUCAUUAUAUGAAAAAAUAAAAGAAUGAGUUUGUGAUAAAAGGUGCUUAAAAGAAAUAAAUUGCAAUACAAUACACAACAAAGUGGUAGCAGCUCACACACCAAAGAUAGGCACUCUCAAACCUAUUAACAAUCAGAUGUGUACAAAAAACGCUAUUGUGCAAAUUAAUACCAAAUAGUGCAAGAUGUGGAGCGCUAUAACAAUAAAAUAAACACUUACUCCUGUGAUUCUCAGGAGAUAUAGAUGGAGAGGAAGUCCUUGUGCAUGCUUGUUAGAUAGGAAACCUCAAAAUGGGAACAAAAACAGAAGAAACAGGGAAGCAAAGCUAACCCUGGUGUAGAAACCCUUGAUAUAAUGGAUGAUCAAAUAUAAAUGACAAUUGGCUUCUCACCUUGUCAGGAGCCAGAUACCAGGCUCCAAGUAUGCAGAUGUAGUGUCAAAUAUAGAGUGACACAGCCCUUCUUUGUAGCAGCAUGAAUGUAUCACUAAUCAACUUGAAUAAAAAAUGUAACAUUUAUUGUAAAUAUAAUUUAAAAACAAUAAAAUCAAUAUACUCAAGUGAUAGUGCUUGGUCCAAGACGCGUUUCGCCUGUAUAGUUCGGCUUUAUCAAUUGGUAAAUACAUGCUGCAAUUACAAACUUUAAAUAUCCCACAGUGGUAGCUAAUUGGAGAAUGGCGUCCGUGAUACAUCCAAUCACGGAGCUCAUGUUGGUGGGAGUGUGAGGGUUCAGCUGUCAGUAAUGUUUCCGACAUCGUGACGUCAUCACGCACGACGGCUCGUGCGCGUGACGUCAUUCGCGGAAGUGAAAUUCUCCCGAUAGUCCGUCCCACACUGAUGACGCCUUCACAGGGUGCCCAACUUAUAUGCUCAGAAUGUCCCCUCCCGCUUCCAAUCGUGAUGCAGGUGUAGGCUUCCAAUCGUAUCCGCCAUUUCAGUUAGGGGUAACGUAAUGGAAAUCAAUGUCCAUAAUCGAUCCAAUGUUAGUCCAGUAUCAAAAGAUGUUCCUGAAUGUUAUAGAUUCUCCAAAGGAUAUAUUCACAAUAGAAAAAUAGAAAAUGAUUGGUAUAUUGUCCAUCAUUAUAAAAUGUAAAAAAAUAUAACAUCCUAUAUACAUACAGUGAAUUAAUAAAUAGAUCAAAUAUAUUAAUAUAGUGAAUAAAAAAGUAAAUAGAAGGGUGAAAUAUAUAGGGCUUGGAAGGAUGACUUUGUAUUUUGAAAAAAAAAAAAUGUAUGUAUAAAAAUAUGAUCAAAAAAUAUAUACAUUUUAAAAAAUAUAUAUAUUAAAAACAGACUAUAAAAAAUGGCAAAUUUCAAAGUCAUCAUUCAGUCCGUGAGGUUGCAUUGUAUCCAAAUUAAAAAUCCAUUUCAUCUCUGCUUGUCCUAUGUUUUUAAUUAAAUCACCUCCCCUCCAAUUCAUAGAGACUCUUUGAAUUCCCAUGAAUUCCAUAAAACGGGGGUCACAAUUAUGUUUUUCUUUAAAAUGCAUAGAAACACUAUGUUUUUCGAAAACCAUUUUUUAUGUUUAUGUGUUCCUGAAUUCUUGUGUUCAGUGUUCGAAUGGUUCUUCCUAUAUAAGUUAACCUACAUGGACAAGUAAUUUUAUAUAUAAUUCUUGUGGAAUGACAGGUGAUUAAUUGUUUAAUUUUAAACUUUUUUCCAAUAUCACUCGGAUGAACAAAUUCUUUUAUUACUCGUUUUGGACUCUGGGUAUUUUUACAUGCUCCACAGUGACCGCACCCAUAAAAUCCAUUUGUCUCAUUAAAAAAGGAUGUAUUGACAGUAUUUUUUUGCAGUGGUAAGUGGUUAUGCACUAAACUACUGCUUAGAUUUUGUGCACCUCUGUAUGUGAUGGUAGGUGUAUCGGGAAGUAAAAAAUGAAGGGCAGGAUCAUUUUUUAAAAUUGGCCAAUACUUACUAAUUAUUUUCUUAAGUUGUUUACUGUUGCAAUUAAAAUCACAAAUAAAAUUGAAACUCUGAUAUUGUGUGUCCGUUCUUUUAUCUUUAUAUACAAGUAAAUCAUUUCUAUUUUUCACUUCUACUUCCUCAUAGGCUUUCACUAACAAUUCAUUCUUAUAUCCCUUCUCUCUAAAAUCAUUGAGUAUUUUAGUGGAUUGUUCCUGAAAUUUUGCACCAUCCGUGCAAUUACGUUUAAUUCUUAACAACUGUGCUUUGGGGGCGUUCAACAGCCAAGGGGAGAAAUGGCAACUCUUCUCCCCUAUAUAGCUGUUGACGUCCACCUUUUUAAAGAAAGUGCAAGACUUAAGAAUACUCUCUUCCACAUAUAUAUUAAGGUCCAAAAAUUCAACUGAGGUUUUACUAAAAUGGCUAGUGAGUUUGAUUCCCCAAUCAUUCGUAUUGAGAUGGGUUAAAAAGGUAUUAAGAGACGAUUCAUCGCCCUUCCAAAUGAAAAAUAUAUCAAUGUAACGGCGAUAGGUAACGAGGUUUGCGUCCCAGCUAUGAUUAUUAUAAAUAAACUCCUGUUCCCAGUGUGACAUGAACAGGUUCGCAUAACUGGGCGCAAACCUCGUCCCCAUCGCCGUUCCACAUAUUUGCAAGUAAAACUGGUCGCCGAACCAAAAAUAGUUAUUCUUUAAAAUCCACUCUAUCCCUUCAAUGAUAAAAUUGACCUGAUUCACGGAAAAUUUCUUAGAAUGUUCCAAAAAGUGCCUUGUUGCUCUACAUCCCUGAGUAUGGGAAAUAAUCGUAUAUAAUGAACUGACGUCCGAUGUCACAAGAUAGUAAUCUGUAUCCCAAGUGAUCUGUUGGAUAAUUUGUAAAAUAUUGAUGGUAUCUCUCAAAUAGCUUGGGCAGGUGCUGACAAUGGGCUGUAAACAUUUGUCAAUAUAUUGUGACAACCUGCUCGAGAUAGAUCCUAUCCCAGAGACAAUAGGUCUACCGGGUGGUUUAUCUUUAUCUUUAUCCUUAUGGAUCUUGGGGAGAUAAUAAAAGACCGGAAUUUUGGGAUACUGCACUUUUAGGAAUUUAUAUUCCCUUGAAUUCAAAACAUCUUCCAUUUUUCCCUUCUCAAUUAACCUAUAAUAAGUAUUUUUAAUCUCUGUCGUGGGAUCCUUAUUGAGAGUUUGGUAUGUUUGUUGAUCACUUAAUAAUCUAGAAAUGUCCUGGUUAUAAUCAUCCACAUCUAAAAUGACCACUCCUCCCCCCUUAUCGGCUGGUUUUAUAACGAUAGUUUGGUCCUCUCUUAAUUGCUUAAGCGCUUGUCUCUCUUUUGAAUUUAAAUUCUGUUCACUUGGUCUAAGUUUUUUAGAUGCAAGUUUUUAAUGCAACCUCACGGACUGAAUGAUGACUUUGAAAUUUGCCAUUUUUUAUAGUCUCUGUUUUUAAUAUAUAUAUUUUUUAAAUGUAUAUAUUUUUUGAUCAUAUUUUUAUACAUACAUUUUUUUUUUUCAAAAUACAAAGUCAUCCUUCCAAGCCCUAUAUAUUUCACCCUUCUAUUUACUUUUUUAUUCACUAUAUUAAUAUAUUUGAUCUAUUUAUUAAUUCACUGUAUGUAUAUAGGAUGUUAUAUUUUUUUACAUUUUAUAAUGAUGGACAAUAUACCAAUCAUUUUCUAUUUUUCUAUUGUGAAUAUAUCCUUUGGAGAAUCUAUAACAUUCAGGAACAUCUUUUGAUACUGGACUAACAUUGGAUCGAUUAUGGACAUUGAUUUCCAUUACGUUGCCCCUAACUGAAAUGGCGGAUACGAUUGGAAGCCUACACCUGCAUCACGAUUGGAAGCGGGAGGGGACAUUCCGAGCAUAUAAGUUGGGCACCCUGUGAAGGCGUCAUCAGUGUGGGACGGACUAUCGGGAGAAUUUCACUUCCGCGAAUGACGUCACGCGCACGAGCCGUCGUGCGUGAUGACGUCACGAUGUCGGAAACAUUACUGACAGCUGAACCCUCACACUCCCACCAACAUGAGCUCCGUGAUUGGAUGUAUCACGGACGCCAUUCUCCAAUUAGCUACCACUGUGGGAUAUUUAAAGUUUGUAAUUGCAGCAUGUAUUUACCAAUUGAUAAAGCCGAACUAUACAGGCGAAACGCGUCUUGGACCAAGCACUAUCACUUGAGUAUAUUGAUUUUAUUGUUUUUAAAUUAUAUUUACAAUAAAUGUUACAUUUUUUAUUCAAGUUGAUUAGUGAUACAUUCAUGCUGCUACAAAGAAGGGCUGUGUCACUCUAUAUUUGACACUACAUCUGCAUACUUGGAGCCUGGUAUCUGGCUCCUGACAAGGUGAGAAGCCAAUUGUCAUUUAUAUUUGAUCAUCCAUUAUAUCAAGGAUUUCUACACCAGGGUUAGCUUUGCUUCCCUGUUUCUUCUGUUUUUGUUCCCAUUUUGAGGUUUCCUAUCUAACAAGGAUGCACAAGGACUUCCUCUCCAUCUAUAUCUCCUGAGAAUCACAGGAGUAAGUGUUUAUUUUAUGAUUCAUUAUAUCAGUAACCAGUGGCUUUUGGCAGAAACGUGUUCAUCUACAGGCUAGUAAUCCUAGCUAAAGUAUAAAAGAGGGUGAGCGAGGCUUUUGUGUAUUAUAUUUCAUGGCAAAAUGUGUGAAAAUAAAAAGGUUUAUACUCUGAAGGGUUUACAUAGACAUUAUUUAAUGUGUACUUACAUGUUAUAAACUGCCUUCUGUAGUUUAGGACCAAUUCCUCUUCCUUUUACACAGUUGUAAAUUCCGUUGAACAGAAGUUACAGCUGACUUUGAUUCAUGGAGUUUGUUUCUGUCAGAAAACACCAGACUGAAAUCAAAUCUACAAUCUAUGCUGCAUUGAAGUCUAAAGUGCCUCUCUGCUCUGAGUGUGAUGUUAUCGGUCUACAACUAACAGCAGGAAAACACCUUUUCAGUCUUUAACAUAUUUUAUGCCAUUACAUUUCUUUUAAAAACUGCAUAAAUGUGAACCAUAAAUCAUAAAGAGAAAAUUGUCAUUUAUUGCAUUUUAAUCUUACAGUUAAACUACGUGUAAUCUUACAGUUAAAAUACGUGUAUUUUCAUUGUGCUUUGUAUCAACUUAGCAGGCCUUAAAGGGACAAUAUAGGCACUAAAAGAACUUUAGCUUAAUGAAGCAGUUUUGAUGUAUACAUUAUGUUCAUGCAUUCUCACUGCUCAAUUCUCUGCCAUUUAGGAGUUAAAUUGCUUUGUUUAUGCAGCCCUAGCCACACCUCCCUUGCACAGCCUUCUAAAACACUUUCUGAAAAGGAACCUAGAUAUUUUAGGUUCCUGUUUUGCACAGUCUGUUUAAUUUAGAAUUAAUUAUUUCCUGCUUUAAUAGGUUUCUAGACCCUGUAGGGAACCUCUUGUGUGUGCUUAAAGUUCAAUAAACAGAGCAGGAGAUAAAAAGUUCUUAAUCAAGUCAACAUCUGAUAAAAAAAUUUAAACUUUAACCAACCUACUGGAGCGCAUCGUGGCACGAUGACAGGCAGUGUGCCUCUGCAGUCUCUGUCCCCUCAGAACUACUCCUGUCCCCUCAGAAUGUAACCGGACAACUAUUAUUUCAAGCUAAACAAAUAACAUGUAACCAAACCGCAACUAAACAAGCAACCACAGUAGUGACUUAGCUAGCAUGUAACUUAACGUAUGGUUCAUAUCUAAGCAGUCAUAUCCGUGUUAUACACAUUUUAUCCGAUCUAUAGAUGUUUGUUGCAGCAUUAUAUUUCAUAGACAAUACAUCGCGAAUAAGCUUAUAAAGCUGUAUAUCAAACAUAAAAUUGUGCACGCAAGAACAUACCGUUGGGGUACCCCAUGCACGUUGUUGUAUCGUAUGCACUACAAAAAUAAAGAAUUAAAAGAAAUAAAAUUAAACAUUAAAAAAAACUAUUUAUUUAAUGGAGACUGCUAGUGGAGGUGUUGCUAGGACUACAUAAACAGAACAAUCUUAAUUUAACUCAUAAAUGGCAGAUAAUUGAGCAGUGAGACUGCAGGGUCAUGAUUUAUACACCCAAACUGCUUCAUUAAAGGGACACUACAGUCACCAGAACAACUACAGCUUAUUAUAUUCUGUCUGGUGAGUAUAAUCAUUUCAUUCAGGCUUUUUGCAGUAAACACUGUCUUUUCAGAGAAAAAGAUGUUUACAUUACUUUCUAGGGAUAACUCCACUGGCCACGCCUCAGAUGGGGCAGUGCUGCACAUUGUGCAAUGCUGACUGUCAGUGUCUCCACCCUCUGCAUGCAUACACUGAACUUUACUCAUUUAAAUGCAUUGAUUCAAUACAACUCUGAGGAGAUGCUGAUUGGCCAGAGCUGUGUUUGGUUCUGCCCCUGAUCUGCCUCCUUGACAAUCUCAGCCAAUCCUAUGGGAAAGCAUUGUGAUUGGGUCAGAACAACACUUCUGAUGAUGUCAGCCAAGCAGGCAGAUCAGAGGCAGAGCCAGAAGCUGCAGACUUGAAUACAAGUAUACAAGUAAGAUUUUAUUAUAUUUGGGGAGGCAAGGAGGACAAGAUAGUGGUUUUAACACUAUAGGGUCAGGAAUACUUUUGUGUUCCUGACCCUAUAGUGUUCCUUUAACCUAAAGUUGAUUUGGUGCCUAUAGUAUCUCUUUAAUGACUAGAGAAUCAAAAUCCAACAAGAGUUGUGGGGCAAUGACUGUUUUAAUGAACACUAUAAUGUUAGGAAUACAAAGCUAUAUUUCUAAUGCUAUUGUAAGUCCCUAUCCCUAAGCUUCUAGUUAAAGGGUUAUACAAUAUGAUUUGAAGUAGGCAACGUCAUUGGAGUCUUUAUGUGCAGCUUUUCACAAAAUGCUGCAGCUCUAAAGUUAAAGAACUUUGUGUAACUCCUUUAGCAGGUCUAUUAAUUCUGUGCAUAUUAGGCAUAUGUCAUUAGCACUCCCCUAUGUCCCAUAAGUCUCUCAUCUCAGCCCAGGCUCUGAGACGUCCUUUUUCCAUCCAGUGAGGUGGAGUGAUGUAACCAGAGGUGGAUUGGGUGGCAGGGAGAACUUGACCUCGGUGAGAGUUCACAGGUAAGUUUUUAUUCUUUAUUUCUCCUAUUAGGAAAGGACAUUGUACAAUCUAUGGGCUUCCAAGAGAGGACUGGCGUCAUUUGAACUGGCAAGUGGCCAAAUACAAAUGAAUGGUCUUUUUUUAGUGCAUUAAAAUCACAGAUCAAUGUGGAUGCACAUAGUCGUGUGGAGUACUCAAUGGAUUUUAUAAAUGUUCCUCUGCACCUUCUGACAUUUUAGUCUGUAAAGGAAUGUUGCUUUCAAUCUUUCCCAAACCAGGAAGAGUCUUCAUUAACUAGCAGUUGUGUAUGUACCACAAUUCCACUACUCAAAUGAGCUGCUAGCGGACAUCCUCUAAAGAGCUGACUUAACUUCACCCACUAUUGUUCUGGAGCAAUAAGAAAGUCCAAGCUAAGCAUGGAAAUUUAGCUACAUGCACAGACUGCAAGUAGAAGCCAGAGGGCUCAAGAGUGAUUAAAGGACCACUAUAGUGCCAGGAAAACAUACUCGUUUUCCUGGCACUAUAGUGCCCUGAGGGUGCCCCCACCCUCAGGGUCCCCCUCCCGCCCAGCUCUGGAAGGGGAAAAGGGGUAAAAACUUACCUUUUUCCAGCGCUGGGUGGAGAGCUCUCCUCCCCGUCGGCUGAAUGCGCACGCGCGGCAAGAGCUGCGCGCAUUCAGCCGGUCGCAUAGGAAAGCAUUAUCAAUGCUUUCCUAUGGACGCUUGCGUGCUCUCACUGUGAAAAUCACAGUGAGAAGCACGCAAGCGCCUCUAGUGGCCGUCAAUGAGACAGCCACUAGAGGCUUUGGGGGAAGGCUUAACCCAUUCAUAAUUAUAGCAGUUUCUCUGAAACUGCUAUAAUUAUGAAAAAAUGGGUUAACCCUAGAAGGACCUGGCACCCAGACCACUUCAUUAAGCUGAAGUGGUCUGGGUGCCUAGAGUGGUCCUUUAACACAGAGAGGUCCCUAUAUUGACAUCAAAGCCAGGGGAAAUUUUAAAAGGAUGACCUUUUGGCAAGGAAGAGAACAAAGAUGGUUAAUGCAUAAAAACUUAAUUAAAUUAUUACAAACCAUGGGCAGAUCCAUCAUUUAACAUUUUUAAUUUUAUUUAUUUAUUUUUUAAAUUCUUUAUUUUUGCUGUGCGUGAAAAAACAUUCGUAUGUCAACAAUGUCACAGCAGCAUUUGCAAACAGUUGAAAAAAAACAAAACACAUAUUCGUUAACUGCUGUACAGCAUUCAGGUUAUAUGCACAAUUUUUGGUUAGUAAUACAAGCUGGGUACAAGCCGGGUAACUAUGUUUGUCAUAAUGAAUUAUUUUGUCGAUUUAAUAACAGUGGCUUAAAAAUAGUUUAUGUAGAGUGUCGUCGCUUAAUUAUCAAGAUAUUUUCUGUGUCACUGUGGAGUCACUAUGUUAAACUAAAGCAUGUGUACAGUCGCCUUUAUGAGAUUAGUAGUUUAGUUAGGGUGCUUAUACAAUGAAUGAGUGGAAUGGCAUGCAGUGAACACGUUAAGCUUAACUGUCUGUGUGUAUUUCCAGUCGUGGUUAGUUGGGUAAGUAGGUCAAACACUAAGCGUGAAGUCCUGAGACUAGCCCAUCUGAAUCAUGUUAGUUCAUUUGAGCUUCUCGUUGUGUGUGCCCAGCAAGUGCGCGUCCCAGCGCCAUCGUGAAACAAGGCUGGUAUCUCGAGGUGCAGUCCCCGGGUUCCCCGUCUGUAGUGUCAGCCCACUCCGGUGCUUGGUAGGCGCCUCUUGUGCCGCGGUGGCGUCUUCCUGCACCGUUUCGUUGGGCUGUGGCGGUGGUUAUGGUGGCUUAGGUCCAGGCUGGUGGUAUAGGUUGUUUCUGGUUGGGUGGAGGGUGAGUGGCUUGUCGUUUGUCGCUCUGGCUUGUUUCAUCAGGGCAUGUAGUUCUAGGAUAUAUUGGUCUUUGGGGGAAUGCUUUAUAAGGUUUGGUCAGUGGGGUUCCGCUUUGUGUGUGCCCCAUUUCUCCCUGCUUGAUUGAUGCCCCUGGCCUGUACCUUGAUUUGCCCAGUGUAGUCCGCCAGCAUAGCCCGGGGGCGGGCUGCCAUGGUGGUCUGAUGGUGCUGGGUGUGCUUCUCCUCAAGGAGUUCGAUCUUACAGGCUUUUUUGCGCACAUGGCUGGCAUGGCGGCCAUCUUGUGGAGCUUUGCCCAGUGGAUUUUUCUCGCCAGGGGGGUUGUUUGGGCCCAGCUUAGGGUGGUGUGUGGUGCCCUUGCAGACCGGGAUGACUCCCCUGGUCCAGAGGGGGUCGCCUCGUCCCGGCUCAAGCUCCAGCGAGAUCUAGGCCUUUGUCGGGUUUCUGUCGGUGCUGGGCAGGGUCUUGGGCUUUAUCCCCGCGUACCACCGUGGUUGGGGGUCGGAGUAGUCACCGUUGUGGCACUAAGUUUGCGGUUGGCCCCCAGUUUGCUCCGAUUUUUGGGCCCUGGAGCGGGAGCUCAGACAGAGCACAUCUGAUCCUGUCGGCGGUCAGGCCCCGCCCCCCUUUAAUUUUAUUUUUUAUCUGUAAUAGGACUAGGUAUUCUAGCAGUCAAUGAUAGAAAAGGGUUUAAUACGGGCAAAUUCCUGCUACCCCGAGAGGAGGCACAGUAGUAGUGUCCACUUUUUAUUAAAGGGAUUAGAUCCAAGGUGACCCCUUUGCACAAGGCUGUAUCCUGGAGCUAUCCAAUUGAGAGGCUGAACUCCCUUUGAGCCAGGUGUAAAACCAAAUGCAAAGGACCUGCUGUCCUAUUUGGUUAUUGGACAGGAACCAAAUAAUUGAGCGCAUGGGAAGCAAUACGACUUCUGCAAAUUAUUUUAGUUAUUGGGCACUCUGAUAAUAAUCAACAUUUGUCAUGGUGCAUAGAUUGACAUUUGGAAUGUGUGGUCUUUUUAUUUAUGUGGCCUUGAAUUGGUCUUGAAUAUAUUAAAGUGUAGGGAAAACAGUAAAAGUGUAAUAGCUUGUGCAGUGACCCACUUACAUUUCAAACAGAUUUAAACUUUAUUUUACUUACAGAGGAACCUAUUCUAGUUCAUUGACUAUCCUAAUGAUCAGUGCAGUAUAUUUCCUUUGCAGUAUUAUCGGUGUUACCUCAUUAACUUUUUUUUUUGUUUGUUUUUUGGCGUUUUAUAAUUUUUUAAAAAUUUUUUUCCCAAAAGUCACGUGUGUUUCCAUUGCUUCAUUUAGUUGGCUACUGCCAAUAAAAAUAAAAAUGUGGCCCUAUUAAUGAGCUUAGAUUGCACUAUCCAAAUAUCUAGAAAACAUAUAUUUGUAAUAUUUCGGUAAAUCAUACUGGUGCUGUUGUCAAAUUGAAGAGGGCGGUCUGUUUUUCAAGUGCAAAGUUCAUGAAUUUGACCCCCACUCAUUGCUUUCAUAUAUAUAGUGAUUCCACGGCACUAUGACUUUUAUAUACAUACUUACAUAGCUAAAAGAGGCAUGUGUACAUCCAGUUCAGCCUUCUUCACAUCUAUUUUUUGCUGUUGAUCCAAAAGAAGGCGAAAAACACUGUUUGAAACACUUUCAAUUUUGCAACAAACUAGGGGGAAAAGCGUUCUUGACCCCACAAUGGUAUUUAGAUAUUUCCUUGGAUCGAGAAGCUGUUACCCCACCAAUUAAAAAUAUCCCCGAAUCCCAUAAUAUCUCAUACUAUCCCAUAAUACUUUAUGGAUUCAGUCGAGUGCAUUAAAACAUUGCUGGUAAGAGUAAUAUUUAAUCAAUACACUCAGGGAUUUUUAUAGAUUAGAGUGGUGCUCCAAGGACCAUAACAAUUUGUGUUGCGUAGGUUAGGUUCAAGGAGGUCACGUCUCCCUGCACACAGUUGCUUGAAAUAGCUGAAGCUUUCAGAUUACACCUUCAGUGCCCGAAGACAUGGUGUGCUUAAACUAUAUCCUUCUAGAAAACAAUGGUUCAUUUUCAUUGUAUUUGAAUAAAAAGUUUAAAGGAAAAAUAAAAACUUCAUGAUUUUUUUUUAGAGGCAGCUUAAUGUAGUGGUUCUGGUGGCUAUCGCGUGUAUCUGUAACCUUAGCACUCUAAACACUGUUUUCAGAGAAAAUGAAAUGUUUACAUUGCUGGCUACUUAUUCCACUAGUAACAGUCUCUCAGACAGCCACUAGAGGUGCUUCUCUAUGUUCAGUUUCUCCAUGCUCUGCGUGGAGGCGCUGAAUGUUCCCCAUAGAGAUGCAUUGAUUCAAGGCAUCUCUACAAGGAGAUGCUGACCGGCGCAGCGUUUUGCCGCACAUGUGCAAUAGCCUCCCAAUGCUUUCUUAGGGGAAGGCAUUGAAUUGAUUGAGAUCAUCAAGAUUGGUUAUCUCUGCCAUGGAGGCGGGACUGCCGCACUGAGAGGAAAAAAUGUGAGUAAACUCACCUGUCCACUGCGCAGACAGUGUCUGAGUGCAUGUUUGUAUUGUGUUCUUUUUAAUCAAUUCAAUAAACAGCCAAUUUUCACCACACUGCAUAAGAAUGUUGUAGAUGAUGUUAAUGUGUUGUGAAUGCCUCUAUAGUGGCACCAAUAGGUAAAGAAAGGUAUGAACAGGUUUUUAUUCUUCUGGAAAAUACACAAUUAAAUAAAACACUGAAAAUCAAGUUUUCCAUCUAGUGCUUCUUUUGCGCAAAGUAAUUUUUUUAGCAACAUAUUUAGCCAUCUUUACGCCAUCUUUUCCAAUAAAGUAUUCUUUCAUCCGGUAGUCUUCUGAACUGGAAAAUGUUGUGAAAACUAUGAAAAAAAGAUCUGGCACCAUUUUAGAAAGUGUAUUUAAAUUAAAUAGGGUUUAAGUAAACACAAUAGAAGUGUAAUUAUUUCCUCUAUAUUUGAGAUUAAGCAAGAAGUGCAUGUUAAAUCCAAAUAAGGAUACAAAGUCAUGAUGGAGUAGAUAUCGGAAUAAGCAGCUUUUUAUACUUUGUAAUUUAUUUAAUAAAUUCUAUACCCCAGAUAGCACAAUUCUCAGGUGAACAUGUGAGUCUUGAACAAAGUGUUUUGGAAUUCUGCUGUAAAGAGCCUUCGUUCUGGUGAUUGCAUCACAUGGAUACCUAAUAAGUUUGAGCCUAGUAAUGUAGGACGCAAGUUUAGUUUGGAUAAACCAUAUGGAAAACAAAUUGCUUCUAAUCCAUUACAAAUGUGUUAUCAGGGGAGACCCUUUAAAUUUGGAUUUGAUACAAUAGCAAUUGUGUAUCAUUUUCAUAAGUCUUCAAGAUGAAUUUAUCACUGUUAAUAUGUAGAGGAAUCUAUACUUGAGGACACUGAGGAAGCCUGUUUUUGUAUGGUGGGGAGGGCUUCACUUGGAUGUACAAAAGAGCACUAAGUAAUGAGUCAAACUUGUCAGUUACAAAUGUUAAAAGGAUAACAAAAUAACUUUAGCUUAAAGGAACACUAUAUCAGGAAUACAAACAUUACUUGGGUACCCCCCAUUUCCCCCCCCCCUCUUAACGCUUUUUAAUAGUGUUAAAUAUUACCAUUAUGCCAGCUUGCUCCACCCUACCUUCUUGGCUAAGAGCAUCAGAAUUGACUAUCUCAGUCAGUCCAAUGCUUUCAUAAGAGAAAGCAUUGGAUUGACUGAGAUGGUCAAUUCAAAUUAUCUGAGCCGUGGGGGAGGGGGGCAGAGCCAAACGCCACGCUGGCCAAUCAACAUCUCUUCAUAGAGGUGCAUUGAAUCAAUGUGGAAAGUUCAGCGUCUCCAUACAGAGCAUAUAGACGCUGAACAUCUGACCCAGGAAGCACUUCUAGUGACUGACACUGGAGGUCUCCCUAGGCAGCAAUGUAAACACUGCCUAUUCUCUUGCAUUUGUAUUACACAGCCAUGUUACAGUGCUGCCGUACUCCCCAGUGGUGUAUUUUGAAAGGGUGACCGAUCUCAGGCACCCCUUACAAAAUGUUGUCACUAUACAAGCAUGCCAUAUGCUUGGUAAGCAAUUAGGCUUAUAAUAAGAUGCAAAAAUAGCCAAAUUCAAGUGUUUUUCCUGCAAACUGUUUUAACAUACAUUUUUGAAAUCCUUCCUGUUGGUUCUCUGUAACUCCCAGUUUAAUUACUGUCAUGAUUAGCUUGCUAUCAUCACACAGUGUUCUGCGAUUCUAAGUUAUUGCCUGUUCUACAGUAAACUUUUUUGGGUUACUGAGUUCAUUCUCUUAUACAAGUGAUGAUAAUGGAAAUACAUUGCAUGUAUUGUUUUUUUAAUAACUGUUCUACUGUAAUGAGUACACUUAACUGUGCUCAUUCCUCCUCAUUAUGAGUACAUUAGAGAACAAUAGAAGGCUUCUCGGUUCACGGAUUAUAGAGUUUUCGAGUAACUGCUUUAGAUAGAGUGCAUUUUGGGGAAAAAAUACUGCCUGGAAGUUACUUGUCCUCUGUGUGCUAACUUUAUAAAGUUAUUACUGGUUUAUGAAUAGGUCUAAUAGCUUGUAAUGGGAAUAGUCUAAAUCAGUGAGCAAAAGCUACAUAUUGAUUUUAAAGAGUGAUCAUAAAAAAUGGUUUAUUUUUAAAGCAGGUGUUAGAAGGAUACUAUACCCAUCAGAACAACUACAUCUUAAUUUUCCUUUAAGGUAAAUUAAAGGGACACUAUAGUCACCUGAACAACUUUAGCUUAAUGAAGCAGUUUUGGUGUAUAGAACAUGCCCGUGCAGCCUCACUGCUCAAUCCUCUGCCAUUUAGGAGUUAAAUCCCUUUGUUUAUGAACCCUAGUCACACCUCCCUGCAUGUGACUUGCACAGCCUUCCAUAAACACUUCCUGUAAAGAGAGCCCUAUUUAGGCUUUCUUUAUUGCAAGUUCUGUUUAAUUAAGAUUUUCUUAUCCCCUGCUAUGUUAAUAGCUUGCUAGACCCUGCAAGAGCCUCCUGUAUGUUAUUAAAGUUCAAUUUAGAGAUUGAGAUACAAUUAUUUAAGGUAAAUUACAUCUGUUUGAAAGUGAACCCAGUUUUUUUUUCAUGCAGGCUCUGUCAAUCAUAGCCAGGGGAGGUGUGGCUAGGGCUGCAUAAACAGAAACAAAGUGAUUUAACUCCUAAAUGACAGUGAAUUGAGCAGUGAAAUUGCAGGAGAAUGAUCUAUACACUAAAAUGGCUUUAUUUAGCUAAAGUAAAUAGACUUUAUAAAUAUAUAUCAAUAGUAUCAGCGCUUAGCAGACCAACCCCUUAUUUACAAGUAUAGGGACAGAGAUAAAAAAUGCUCUAAAGUUUGAUCAUAAAAUAUACUUAUACAAUGUCCAGUGCAAGUGUCAGAGUGGAGAUAUAUCCAAAUAAAUAGUCUUAGUAUAAGGAUAUUCCCACGCUGUGUGAGGGUUUAUGCUGAUAACGGAUCAAAUUUAAUCCUCUGUCUUUGUGUCUGCUCGGCUACUUUGUAUCAAUCUUUAAAAAAGGAUACUUGACAUAGCAUAAAACAGUUACACAUAGUAGAGAACUCACAUUUAGGUGUAUUCCUACCAUCUAUUGGUUUUAAUUUUUUACCUUUACCAUUAAGCUGAAGUGGUCUGGGUGCCUAGAGUGGUCCUUUAAGCACCAUAAAUAUACAGCCCAGUCAGGUAAGUUGGCAAAAUGUUCUAAAAUGGUUUCAGAUAUUACUCUGUGAGGGCACCACGGCACGCUGCAUGCAGAGAAGGCAGAUAAAGGAAAAGCCCGAGUGCAUUUACAUUUUUUUUAAAUGAAAGAUUUACCUACCCUUAUCCAGCACUGAGGCUCACUUUGUGCUGCUUAUCUCUGCUUUCUACAACGUCAUGGAGGAUCAAAUACAAUGCUCAUCAUAGAGGCCUUCAAACUUCCUCAUAGGAAAGCAUUGAAUCAGUGGAAGUGGAAACUCCUCUCAUGGUUGUCAGUAUCUAAACAGUGCAGUUUCUAAAAAAAAAAUGUAGUGUUUCACAUUGCAGGUUAAAAGGCCAGGGACACUGCUCUCAGACCACUUUAUUGAGAAUAAUAAGUAAUUGUAAUAUAAGCUGUAUGCUGUUUUAUUAUACACUUAACUUUUAAAUGAAACAGGCACACUUUCUACCUCUGUCUCCAACUUGCAUUUUCCACUUUUGCAUCAAAAUUACUGCUGUACAUUCUGUCCUGACUUUGUGAGGGUGAAAACAGCUGUUCGUUCUCUAUGGUAGACAGCUGAUAACUAAGCUGUGUCCCAGAACCAUUUGAUAUCCUCAUAGAUGUCUACUUGUGGGAUAGGCACAGCAGAGUUACAGAAAGUAACAGUGCUAUUUAGUCACUUGAGAAUUACUGGGUGAAGUAAAAAAUGUAGGCCAGUUCUGUUUUGCUAUUUCGGCCUUAAAAGGACACUGUAGUCACUAUAAGCAUUUCAUCUCUUUGAAUUGGUUAUAGUGCCUGGAGUACCCUGGCACUGUCCCUCCAUUCAGUGUUGCACCAUGUUCAUGUAGUAUGCCACAAAAUAAGAGUCCUUGGCCACCCACAGUACGGUCCCUUCAGUAUGUGUAGCUAAGGCAGAGAUUACACACCUUGUUGUCAUACCCACUCAUACCGUCAGUUGGAACUCUGACAGGGUAAAAGCAGUCAGCUGACACUCUCAGCCAAUCACAGCUGCCCAUUUCUGCUCAGGCUAAUACUUCCUUAUUAGCCAAAGCAGCACAGAGGGGAUGGAUUGCCGGGGACUCUUGUUUAGCAUUAAAACUUUAAAAACUGUUUAAUGCUGAUAGAAAUGAUGGUACCAGAAGACUCCAGACACUAUAACCAGUUUAAUGAGAUGAAGCAGAUACAGUGCCUACGGUGUCCCUUUAAAUUUGAACUUCACCAUGAAUUAGCUGUUAAUUCUCUGUAUAGGAUAACUCUGUUCAUUUAUGUUAUACUUCUUUGCAGUGCUCUAUGAGCAUAGUGAGAGUGCAUGGCAAAAGAUACUUACUGUUUUUACUUACUGUUUGUAUGUAUAUGUACAAUAUAUAUAUAUAAAAAAAAAAAAAAAAAUUUUAUGCAUGGCAAUAACUUAGCAACUGCUGAUUGACUGCACAUUGUGAUGAUUAUAACAAUUCCCAAAUCGUUCUUGUGUUACGUCAUUUAGGGUAUAAGUUGCUUGUGCAUUUAUUUUACCCCAAAGUGCAUAACUUUGCAUUUUUCUACAUUAAAUUUUAAGCUGCUAUUUAAGUGCCUAGUCCCCCAAUCUGAAUAAAGAGUUUUGUGUCAUCUUCAAACACUGAACAUGACUUGUAAUGCCUAUUUCAAGAUCAUUUGUAAAUUAUUGUGUUAUUGCAUAGCUGAGGGAUACAUAGCUUUUAUUGUUCCGAUUUUUCGUUCCAAAAGGUUUUUCAAUUGCCCCCCCUUUUUUUUCUUUUCUAAUGCAAAGUUUAUUCUUUCUGUUCUGAAACUGGGUUUUAUAUAGAUUCAUGUUUCUAUGUAGUUCUGCCACUUUUACAAGCUAAGUCAUAUGAAUAUAUUAUUCAAAUUUCAGUUGCCGUCGGUAUUCAUACACUUAGCUCUAUUUUACUUGAGAUUAUGUCUCCUUUAUUUUACAUUUCUAUGUAGAACAUGGUCUGCAUUGCAUGUAGUGAUCAUUUGGGAAAAUAUCCAACAUUGUCUGUAUAUAUCCAUUUUUUUCCCUCUCUUUAAUAUAAAUAUUCUUCCUCUUUCCAGGAGACUAUAUACUAGAUGCUAAACCAAAAGAAAUUUCUGAAGUUCAGCGUCUCAACUAUGAGCAGGUGAUGAAUAAAUGAUUGAUUAUCUUUCUCUCUUUUCUGGUAUCUAGUGAUACUUAAUUGCCUUGAUUUAAUAAAAAUCCAAACUAUAUUCCUAAUCAAUAAUUGUAUUUAUUAAAGUAGUACAGCACUCUAUUUUGGUUGUCAUUUUAUUAUAUUUGUUUUACAGAAAAAAUGAUUGUUCCUGAUCUUUGUACCUUUUGGCCAAAGUUUUAGUUAAGGCAGGUACUUGCCCCACCUAGGCAACUUCAUGGACUUCCAGUUGGUUAAUGUAAGUUGUGGAGGCAGGAUUCAUUACUUGUAUUGUUUUUCAAAGUCUCCCAAUAUCACAGUCCCUUUGGUAGAAAAUGAAUGGGGGGAGAAUAGGAAUUCCAACUGGAACUGUCCACUUGGAAUUCAGUCCUACACAUCAACCAAUUAGUAGGCUCCUAGCGCUUGAGAAUGUCAAGUAAGUAUCAGCAGGGUUGGUAUAAUCCCUUUAGGUCCGUUAUAACCUGUAGUUAGCAGACAAUUUGCACCCGUGGCUGUCUCUACCAUAAACGUUCAGUCAGCAUCUGGCAAUUCCCAUGAGAGGUGUGCAUGAAUUCUGGUGAGACAUUGCAUCCUUUGAAGUUAAAGAGAAUGCGGUCAAAGCUUCUCUGGCCUUACACUUAUUUUGUUAUUACUGCUGUGCCUAUGCAAUACCAUUAGUAUGCUCCAGUAGCUUAAACUGACGUUUAAUUGCAUAUGUGUUUAUCUGUAAUUAGCCAACAGAUCAAACCAUGGCUCCUGGAAAACUCCUUCUGUGCAGCAUUUUGAGCUCUAGUUCAAGCGCUAGAAUGGGAGUUAUAGGUUACCUCUAUGAAUAAAGUAUGUGAGUUGGGGGGAUGGACUUGUACCUGCAAGGAUUUCUUUAAAUAAUAAUUUCUGUUGUUUAUAUAAGUCAUUAUGCUUUUUAGAGUGCUUAAAGUUCUGACAUUGCAUACAUUGACAAUGCAAAUGAUUUGAUUUGGAUAUUUUAAAAUGUAAAACCCCAAUAUGUGCAAUGCAGGACUGUGUUCUCCACUGCAAAACUAUAGAUAAUUAUCUUUUUACUACACCCAUACAGUAGCAGUCUAUGUGAGAAACCCCUUUUUUACUGUGACCGUUCAAUAUGUUGAUAGGCCUGACUGGAUUUCAAGUACAUAACUUACAGGGAGCGGAAUUUGCUAUUCACAUAUUAAAAGGGCACUCCUGGCACCAACACAACUUCAUCCAAAUAAAGUUAUGAUGCCUGGAGGCUCCCAGGGGCACUCUUUCCUCAAGGGGCACCCACACCACUUCAGCUCAUUGAAGUGGUCUUGGUGCACUGUCCCUGUCCCCCUAACCAUGCAAUGGUAAUUAAUGCAGUUGCUGAGGGUUAAGACUGCCUCUAGUGGCUGUCAAUCCUCUGCAUGAGGACAUCCAGUGUAAGUCAAUCCCCACCACGGACCUUGAUGCCGGAAUCAGGUUAGUACAGGAAGAGUAUUUUAAUUCUUACUAUAUUAGUGUAAUGCUAGCACUAUAGUAUACCUUUAACACUCCUUUUUAAAGGAAACUUUAUAAUUCCGAUACGUGUAAGUGCAAACAAGUCUCCAUUUUCAUUUGACAUUGUCUCACUAAUAUAACAGUUUUCCCAUGUACAGAUUUUUUUCAGGAAGUCACACGGCAAAAUAUUAGAUGCCCUUUUCAACUUGUAAAAUUGACAGUUAUUUCCUAUGUUGCCUUUGAGAGAACAUGUUACCCAAAGGAAGAAAAUUGCCCCCAUGAUGGCAUAUUAUUUUAACAAGUAUUCUAAAUGUAGUAUUUUCAGUUCUAUGAUGUAGCCUAUUUAUAAUGGUUGGAUAGAUUGUAGCGGGACUUCUGGGUCUUUAGGCGACAUUUGGUUGCCUAAAUGACGCUGGACGUAUUCACGCUAUGCAUGAGGACUUCCAGCGUCACCGAAAUCCCCACAGGAAAGCAUGGAAUAAUUUUUUGCUAUGGGGAAGUCCUAAUGCGAGCGUGGCCAUUGCUGCGCAUUAGGUUUCCCUGCCGGCUGGUGUGAAGGCAGACCCAAGCCAUCGCCGAGGGACAUCGGAGCUUGAGCCUGGUAAGUGAUAGAAGGGAUUAUAUAUGUUUUCCUGGCACUAUAAUUUCCCUUUUAACAAUUAUCAGUCACUUUACUGUCAAACCCUUGAGGACGAGUUCUUUGACUGAAAAGCAGAAGUUAGGCUCAUUAUAUGAUUUUUUUUUUUUGGUAUCCCCCGAACUGCUCCAAAGCAAUCUGAGAAAGCUUUAAUAAAAGAAAUGUUGUGAUAUAACCUGUUGCAUAAGUAAUUUGAUUGCAUUUUAAGUUGUUAUAAAAAUUCUAGAAACAUUUUGCAGAAACCAUUCCAUUGCUGCCUUAGGGCAUUCAAUACGUUCUUAUUCAGCCAUAAAUUCAGGAGUGGUGAAUAUAACCAAUCCGGAUUGUGAUCUCAAAUAAAACAUGGUUGUGUCCUUAAAUAUGUGUUUUAUGGGACAUGCUAUGGCUAAGGACACAAUUAUUUUGGACAUAUAGACUAGUAUGGUUAGUGCACAAAUAGUAACCCUUUUUAUUUAUUUAUUUUUUUAAUAUUAUUCCAACUUCAAAACUGCACAUUAACAUGCUGGUAAAAUAGAAAUAUAUUGAUAGUUCUUUUUUCAGUUUUUCAUUCUUUAGUAUGAUUGAGUUACGUUUUAAGUAAUAUUUGUUCUAAUUGAAAGGGGAUAUUUUAUUCACAAUGAUUUGAAAACCCCUUUCUUAUAUUAUUAUUUGCAUGUAGCCAUGUCAUUUUAAUUGCCAAGUUCUCUUAGGUCAGAAACAUGAAACAUUUAAGCCGUUAUGCUUGUGUGUGUGUGUAUAUAUAUAUAUAUAUAUAUACACACACAUAAUUAAUACAAAGUUAAACAAAAAUCCGCACACCAGUCAAGCCAUAAAAGUUGCUUUUCCCACAGAAAUCCCAUAACUACAGCGAUGUCACAACCGCAAAGGAUUCUGGGUGGGCAUAUGCAAAUUAGUUUAACAAAGGAUCACAUUUUUGUCUCAUUCCAUUUUAAACAUGGAUUCCUUUUAACCCCUUAAGGACCAAACGUCUGGAAUAAAAGGGAAUCAUGACAUGUCACGUGUCCUUAAGGGGUUAAUCUGUUUGCGCUGUAUACAACAGCUUGAAACACAAUAUAGGAAAAGAUGCAAAACCAGUGAGCCACUCAUGGACAGCUGUUUCGUUGUUAAUGCAACUAGUCAGCAUGAGGUUGGUUACUGGUUUGCUUAUUGAGGCUUGGUAGUGCUUGGGAAGCAAAAUCCAAAUAGGUUAUGGUGGGGAAAAAUUGUGAUUGAAAACCCCUUCCACCUGAAGUCUGUGGAUAAUUAAUACAAUGUUGAACAAAAAUCUGCACACCAAUCAAGCCAUAAGACUUGCUUGCUUCUUUGUUAAACUAAUUUGCAUAUGCCCAACCAGAAUCCUUUGCGGUUGUAACAUCGCUGCAGUUAUGGGAUUUCUGUUUGAAAAGCAAGUCUUAUGGCUUGACUAGUGUGCAGAUUUUUUUUUAACAUUGUAUUAAUUAUCCACAGACUUCAAGUGGAAGGGGUUUUCAAUCACAAUUUUUCCCCACCAUAACACCAUUGACUUUUUAAAUGGAUUGAAUAAAAGUUAAAUUUUAUUUGAAAAUCUCUAUAAAGUCCUUGGAGUGCGGUCAUUUCUGAGAUAGAGAUAUAUAGAUAUAUAUGUAUGUAUGUAUGUAGUAUACAGGAAUUCUGGUAGUUCAAUAAAGAUUAUAAGAUUAUAAUUUUCCUGUCCUAUAGCGGCAGCACAGGAGAUCUUUUAUCUUUUCUACAGAUCUUUGAUUUUCAUUUCACUAUAUGAAUAAUUUUUUUCUUUUCAGAAUAUGAGUGAUGCAAUGGCUAUCCUACACAAACUGCAGACGGGGCUUGACGUCAAUGUGAAGUUCACUGGUGUGAGUGUGUUUGAGUACACCCCAGAGUGCAUUGUGUUUGAUCUUCUUGAUAUACCCCUAUAUCACGGAUGGUUGGUGGAUCCACAGGUAUAUUGAUUUGUUAUAAAUAUAUAUAGAAAAUUUAUAAAUGUGUAUUUUUGUUUCUUCUUGUUAGUUUUGUGCUGUCUUGUCUUUUUAGUCAAUGCCAGUCAGUGUAGGUAAUUAACUAUCUAACUUGAAGAGGCAAUCUGUUUUCAAUUUCUGCUCAUUAUCAUUAUUUGUGGGAAAGGGAGAUUUUUCAUUAAAGGACCCUUCCACACCCCAAACAUGCUGGAGUGCUUUAUGGUUGAGGAGUAUCAUAGUUUAACCGCAGUUUAUAAAAUUGCUGAUUUCUGUAAGAAAUCAGCACUUUUAUAAUUAAGUAGGGAACACACCCCUGGCUGUCAAUCAAAUAGCCAGGGAGGUUUGCAACCCCCUUCUGUUAGCUCCUCUGAUCUAAAGAAAGUGGCAGGCACUCUCCACUUGACGACCACACAGACCAGAAGUGUGCGUGUAAGAAAAAUUCAUGCAUGUAUUCAUCGGAAGUAUAUCUCAUAAACAGCGAUUUAUUUUUAAAAAAAUUUAUAUAACAUGUGGGUACAGUAAAUGGGUAAGAGGAAAAUUACAGCUAAACACACACACUGCAGAAAUGUAAAAACAGCCCUGGUCCCAAACCGUAAGAAAAUUGAAAAGCAGUCUGGUCACUAAGGGGUUAAAGAUGAUUUAUGUGCUCUUAACCUACUUUCAGCUUUAAUACCUUCACCUAACACAAAUACUCUUAGUGGCUGUUGACAUUGUCAUUAUUGUUCGCAUGUGAGGCACAUACGUACAGUCUUCUAAAUCAGAACUUUUAUCAGAAACGAGGCUUGUAUAACUACCACAGUAUUAUACAUGUAUCCAAAAUGUUACCUGUCUAUGCCACAUUCAGGACUGAAAAUAGAGAAGUAUUAAUUGUUUUUUUUGUAAAAUGUUAAUAGUUUCAGCCUUUCUGUAAAAUCCUAUAAUCUGCAGUACCUUCAAUAAGGAGCCAGGGUGUCCAAUUUAAAAAUAAAAUUAAAUUGGUGUAAUUAAAAUUAUAGAAUAUAGUCAUUCUAAGUGCCCUUCAAAAUAACAAAACCAAAUACAAUUAAUUUCUCAUAAUUAUAAAUCCCUGCAUUGACUUACAAUGGCAAGCCUUUUAUUAGAUAUAAAACUAUGCAUGAGAAAGUUGGCAGGAUAGAAAAUAUCCUCUUUAUUUACCUGUUGUCAAAUAGCCCUUUGUGCUGGGCAUGCUGUCACAUUUUCAUUAAUGUCGUGCUUGCCAUGUCCACCUUUGUUGGGUAAAGCCUUGUCGGCUGUCUUAUAAUAACUUUGCUGCCUUUGUUAUAUACAGGAUUUUGCAAAGAACAGACUGCAAAUACAAAUCUAAAUAUAAACAAAAACCGUAUACGAGUGGAUGGUGAAAUAAUAUCAAACAAGUGUAGGCAAGCCCCUGUCAUGAGGUCACUCCAAAACCUUUAUACAAACAACCACAGAAUCCUGAUUAAUAGAUCAGAAAAAACAGGGCGCCACAAUCACAAAGUUAAAUUCAAUCUGGAGAUUCCCAUGGAUAGGAGGGAUAAAUAGAUGUAAGAAAAAUAUCCACUUUAUUAGUAAUAUAUCCAGGUAAAAUAAGCAAUAGCACACACACAAAUGUGCAAAAUGGCAAUACAAUGUUAAAAAGCCAAAUAAGACACGAUGGCCCCUACGGACAGCAGCUUCAGCUAUACAGAUGACUGUGCAGAUAUAACAAAGUGCCAGUGCAAAAAGUGCCAAAGUACAAAAAAUGACAAAUGACACUACACAACACAAAAACCAACAGUGUACUGACAAGAUAAGACUGCUUUACCAUCAAUACAGGGCUCUCGUAGCUGCUUAACGUGUUUCGUCGGUUAGACUUCUUCAGGAGAUUCUCUGUUCCCCUUGGCGUCUUAUUUGAUGGAACAUUCUGUCACCAUGGAGUUUUCUUACUUUCAUUGGGGGGGAAAAUUCCAUCUGGGGCUCUCUGCAGUACAAGGCUAAAUAGGGCCCUGGGAUGAGGCACCUGUGACAGGGAGGGGUGCAAAAAUCCAAGUAUGUCAGAGGCUCAGCUGCCCUUGUUUUAGGUAAACUUUAUUGCAGCACUUGGGUAAAAUCACAUCACAUUUUGAAUAGUUCAUUAAUCAUGUGCAUGAUUAUCCUCGUCUAUAUGUUGAAUGGUUGAUGGAGGCUUUUGGUUGCUUUUUGCAACACAAUUUACAGCAAUACAAAUUUGUUUUGUGUUUUUGGCCAAGUACCCUUGAUUUGUUUUUUUAUAAACCAUGCACAUGGCUGUUCUCCAUCUUUUCUUUAUUAUUGAUAUCAUACAUUUAAAGCAAAAUGCAAUUUUUAAUUCUCCCGACUUCUUAACUUUGCUUUAAGCAGUGGGCUUGUAGAGCAUGUAUAGGUGAAGAAUACAUCCUUCUUGCUGUGAUUGACGUAUUAAAAUGUUACUAGAGCAACGGUCCACAAUUGGUAGAAAUCAAUGUAUUGAUCCACUGGCAACUAAAUUCACAAUUUAAUCUUUUUUUUCUAUUUUUUAUUUUAUUUUAUUAAAGUGCAUUAAAAUGUAGCGCUUUAAUGCACUUCAUUCACCCAGAAAAUAUACUCUACAUGGAUUUUAUAUUCUUUUUCGAGAGAUAAGUAUUUUUAACCAACUGCUUUUCUCUUUUUUUUUUUUUCUCGAAAACAUAGUAUCAUUAGUGCAUUUAGUGUAGUACUAUUUCUGGUACUGAUGAAAAUGGCAACAGAAUUAACAAAUUGUAUCAUUUUCAGAAUUAUUACACUUCUGGACAUGUGAACUAUUUGUCUAGCCCUAUAUGACACCUUUGCUUUUGACAGAUCCUUGUUUACUGAUAAAAUUCUAUUUGUUUUUCUGGGUCUACUGCAUGAGCUGUUAUUAUAUAUUCCAUUCUGAGUGCCUGGGAAAUUCUUGUUUGUUGUGAGAGCUGUGCAGGAAUUGAGUUUUUUUUUUCUGUGGUUUUAAUUGACUUUUAUUUUAUGUCACUUCAAAGAUUUAAUCUGUAAACAUGAAUCGGAUGCAAAUGAUUUUGAUGCUUUUUUCCCCACUGUGGUCUUCUCAAUACAGUGUAUGUUUUUUUUCCCAUCUUCUAGAUUGUCGAGGUUGCAACAGCCGUUGGCAACUGUAGUUAUAACCAGCUGGUUGAGAAGAUCAUCUCAUGCAAGCAGUCCGACAGGAGUGAGCUUGUUAGUGAAGGUGGGUGAGUGAUUUUGAAUAUUUACACGUAAUACAUGUGACGUCUUUGUUUUAAAUUGGAAAUGUCUUUCUUGUAUACCCAUCUCACCUUUUAAAGUAAAUGUUAAUAAAUCCUGGAUAAGACAGAAACCCUGAUAACGAAUAGUGUAAUAUAAAGAAUACAAACCCCAUACAGAGAGAGCAUUCAGUCUUUUUGGUAUGAGAGCCAAAUAUUCAAACAUUUGCCUUUAUGGAGCUGGAUUAUUUUCCAAGCAAUGCACCAUAAAAUAUAGUGUGGGUAUCCAGGAGCUAUAAAUUGGAAGUGAGAUACACGUAAUAAAGUUAGGAAAAAUAGAAUACAAAUAAUUGGCAAUAACAUUGACAAAUAAAAUGUGCAGAAUAGUAUGCAAGUUACUAGUUGAUAAAAUUACUACAAUUGAUAAGUCCAAAACAAAGUCCAAAAAUAAGUUUUUUAAACAUGUUAGUAAAUGUACAGUCUUAUCUGUAUAUCUGAAAAUCAUGGCUUCCACAGGAAAUUAAGGAGUAGACAUGUGCAUUCAUUUUAAGAAUGACAAAAUUACCGAAAAUUUCUGAAAAAGAAAGCAAAGCCACCAUUGACCUUAUGGCUUCAAGACCGAAUUCAUUCAGCCAUUCCCACAAUCAGCCACUGGCUGCUCACUGUUUAUCAGAAAUGCCUAUUUGCCAUAUUAUGAGUGGUGGCGUGGCAUGUCUGCUAAGCAACGAGCAGCCAGUACAUUUCUUCCCCUGUGUCCCACCUUACAGAAUGGGGAUGGACAGAACUCUGACUGACAUUGCAUCAUGUUGGAAAGCCCUUAUAACUGCUUGCUUUGAGAUAGAGAGAGAGAGAUAUAUAUAUAUAUCUCUAUUUAUUUUUUAAUCCCCACCCCACCCCUGCCUUAUAGCGUGUUAUUAGGGUGAGGUAAUACUUAGGGUGAGGUAAUACUUUAGGUCCCCCCCCCCUUCCUGUUUUUCUAAUAGCUGCCACCCGCUGGCCAUGGGUGGAGUUGUGGACCGUGAUAUUUCCACUUCCAAUGAAUUAUUGUGAAGUUCCCCACCAGAUGCUCACUGGGGGCCACUCUAACACCCCCACCCCCACAAUUUAAUUUUAUUGUAUUCAAAAUAAAUGUGUAUGUAUGUAUGUACAGGUCUACUAUUCACUCUUUUUCUUUGCAUGGCGUGGUUUACAUAUGAUACAUGUCUGCUAUUAAAUAUGGUUUAUUGCUUUCACUUAAAGGAACGUUAUACUGUUAGGAAUACAAAGCUGUAUCCCAAGACUAUACUCUCACUCUGCCCCCGUGGCACCAUAACCCUUUCUUCCCACUGGCUGGCAAUGAAAGGGUCAAAAACCCUUCUAACACUUAAUUCCAGCACCAAAGUCCCUUGGUGCUGGGUUGGUCUCCUCCUCUGCAAACACCACGGUGAUAUGGAUACAUAAUGUGCAGAAAGUGCUGCGCGAGCAUUAGGCCUUCCCCAUAGGAAAGCAAUGAAUUGAUGCUUUCCUAUUGUUUUUUUAAAAGACACUGGAUGUCCUCGUGCAAGCAUGAGGACGUCCAGUGUCUUUUCACAGACUUAAUCUCCAUGAAACUGCAGGAAGCAAUGAUAUUAGUACUUGAUUAGUACUUGAUGAAUGUUUAAGCAAAAGUUUAACAUUUUGGCAUUACUUUGUCUUUGUUAAUUGUUACCCCCCAAACAUAUUCUAUGUUUAGUGUUGCUUCCCCUACACAGGAGAAAAUGACCUUGCUGUAGAGGAGAAAAUACAGUUAUCUGUGAGUGUGUCCGUUGCGUUCAAUUUCUAAAAACAUAACUAAGAAUAUGAAUUCUAAACAGCAACGUUGUAUUUUAGUACACGUAUCCUAUUGUUCAGUGCUAAGAAUGGCAAGUAAUGUGUUUUGAUAGAUUCUCUGUACUGCUAUCGGCAAAAUCUUAUUGCAAGGGAUGAAACAUGGUCCGAAAAUACGUUGAGACAACUCUUCCAACUUUAGGUGAGAGCUGUCAACAAAAUCGCACCUUACACUGCCUAACAUAACUCUCUUGGAAGGAAUUGUUGUGCUGGAAAAGAUGAUAGUUUGGGGCGAUAAGCAGUUCUUUCUGUUCUAAAUGAGAAAGAUUUAUUGGAAAUUCGUAAUUUGAUGAAGAAGUCAAUGCAUUUUAUUUAUUUUUUUUGGAAAAUGUGUUUUGUUUUUUUUUUAACCUGCAGUUUACUUGGUUCUUAUAUUAUAUUAACACACAGGAGAGUUAAUCUGGGUAGCAGCGUGUAUCAGAAAUGCAUGCAUUCUCUGCUACAGUGCACAAAUCAGACAUGGAUCUGGGAAAAGGCAGUCACCUGUUAAAACAGAUUACUGUAUGAUUGAUGAAACUGGACAUUUAAUACAUUUUCUUCACUGGAGGUAUGAUUACCAAAUGUAAUCCAAUUUAGUUUUAGUUUUGUUUAGUCCCAGGCGCCUCUUUUCACUUUCAAGCUACAGUCUAAACAAAUGCUAAGAUUAUAAAACACACAGAAAAGUUUGCUUGCUAUUUUAAUUGGAAUCCUUCUAUAACAUCUAUAACUUUCUAACACACACUGGGUUGGAAACGGGAGGGGAGCAGAGGAAAACUUUAGUGUAAGGAAUAAAACUUUGCAUUCCAAACACAGUGUUACUUUAAGGUGCAUGUUGAUAUAUGUUUUUAUUAUUAUUUGUUCUGUUAUCAGCUAUGAUGUUAUUUAGAGUACAAUACAUAAAUUAUAAAAAGCCUGAAUUUGAAAACUGACAAUGUACUUUUUGCUUCUAAAAAAAAUAGUUAAAUCUUUUGUGCAGUAAAGGAGCAUUUCAAUUUGCAUAAAAGUGGUUUCAAGUGGAUUGGGAGAGCAAGCCUGCACUGUAAAUGGAGCACAGCUUUGCUUUUACGAAUUAGCGGAAAUUGUAUAUUGUUAUUUCUUAGUAUCUCAAAUUGGCUCUUGCAUUAGGCGGUAGCCUAAGUCUGCUGUUUUGUCCGUUCUGCCAUUGUUGAUUGUUGCAUUUGUGUUCCUUGCUCAGCUCUCCACCUCAACUUCUAAAAUGUAUCUGCGGAAACUUACUAUUGAUUUUCUUCUAAUUGUUUCAUGGAAGAGAGGGAUGGAUAAGCUAAAAAAAAAUAAAAAAAAUAAAAAAUCAUUGACUUGCUGGUCCAUCCAUAAGAUGGUCCUGGUUCAGUUUAAGGAAGACAUAUGUAGAUUUUUUUUGAACACAGUUCCUUACAUUGUUUUGGGGUUUACUGACUGAACUCUGAAUUAUAGUGAAUUGAAAGCCAAAUGGCAGAAUGUAGGCAAAUAGUUCAUCUGGAACAGCUACCCCAGAGGUAAGUAGGUUGGCGUUGGAUCACAGAUAUUUAUUUAAUGAAGGGGAUGAGAGCACCAGCAAGGGUUACACCAACCAAAAAAAGCGUUUUGUUACAGACUAAACCCUUUUGUAUUUUUUUUUUUUAAGAUUCUAAUAACCAGGUAUAUAGCAAUUGAUAUGUAAAGAUCAGUAGCUCCGUAACCAUUAUCAGCGUGUAGACUUGUAAAGUCAGUUCAGUAGUCAGAGGAAAGGACUUUUUAGAAUUGGUUUGGAGUAUAUGGUAGCUACUUGUGAUCAACACACAGUUUAAAAGGGCACGGAAUGAACUCGAGCUUAAAGCAACAUACACGCAUAAUGUGCAGCAUUAAGCAGCAUGGUAGUUUCCAAAAUAGUCUUAAAAACACUCAAAUGAAAGUACAGCGUGUUUCAUCCAAAGUAUCUAACAACCUACUGGAGAACCUUUGAUCGAUAUAGGAAAUAUCUCCUAAAAUAUCGGAUUAUAUAAUUACAUAGUGUAGAACUGUGUGACUAGGGACAAGAGGCAGGUGUGGUCUGGCUCUAUGUGUAAUUUAAAGAGGUGUACUCAGUGGGGAAAUGUUACCUCAUAUUAUUACAGUGUGUAUAGAAAAGAUAUGACGAGGGCUCUGCUCAGAUAUGAUUGGAUGUAACAGAUUGUAAUUCUCAUGCGGUGCAGUGUAAAUACCCACACUCCACUAAAAACACACAAUCACUUGUUCAGUAGUUAAACCCCCAAAGAAAACAUUUACAGAUUUUUUUAUUUUUUUUGCAUGGUUUCUUUAGGAAUAUAUAUAACUGCUUCGUAUAUAGAAUGUGAUGGCAGAUAAGGACCAUUCCGUCCAUCUAGUCUGCCCAAUAUUCUAAGGGGUACUUUCAUUAGUCUUUUAGCUAGGAUAGUCUGUAUCUGAUGUUGCAACCCUACCCAUGUUCCCUGGCCCAGCCUGUCAUGAACCUCACUAUUCCAAGCGUGCCCAUGACUUGGUUGUGGGGGUGAAAGAGUUAAAACAAAAAUUACUAUUUGUCUGCACAAGGCUGAAAAUUAUGAUAAAAAUGUGCUUUUAACACCACCCAUACUUAACUAUAGUAUCACAAGUUGCCAUCACCAAGGCAAUUGGUAAAUGGGGUGCCUCCGGUUCCCUCAAACAAAUUAGAUUAAAAAAAGACACAAGUAAAACAUCUAUGCAAUCAAAAAUACUAUUAAAUAUGUCUCCAGGUAACAUAAUUCUUUACCAAAGGCAGAACCAGGCUGGAUUAAAAUCGAAGAUUAACAAAAAUAAAAUUAUUCAGAUUAUUUUUAUUUUAAUCAGAGAUAUAUAAUUUGUAUCCGUUUUAAAAAAAACAAAAAAAAAACGAUUGGACAAGCACUGUCUCAGAUUCAUUUUCACUCAAACAUUAUCAAUAGCCGGUACCAGGGUUAGACCAUAAGUGUUGAAGUAGAGGAGUUAGCCGUGACAUGGCUAUCCAGCAAUCCUCCAUCUUUACUGCCAACUAUAAUAAACGGGGAGCCAUUGAAGAAGAUGAUUCAAAGAAACCUCCUCCAUAUCCUAUACCUUACAAUGGUACCUUAUUAUUCUAUAUACAUUUGAAAUGAAGCUGAAUUUAUCAGUUACAUUACACAUUCUGACUGAUGACAUGCUGAAUGUCUUAAUCCUUAAAACUCAAGAUUAUUGAAACGCAGAAAUAAAUAAGUUGAAAAGCUGGAAAAAAUAUUAAGAAGCAUAAUUUUUAAUGUUGAACUAAUGAUCCUUAUUUUAUUUCAAUUAGUGCUUUAGCUGUAUAUGAUCACAUACUUGAAACAAGUUAGCUUCUAACACUCAGUUUAAAGAGUGUGUCCUGUAAAAUCUAGAUAAAUGUAUAUGUGUAUAUAUAUAUAUAUAUGUAUAUAUAUAUAUAUAUAUGUAUGUAUAUAUAUAUGUAUGUAUAUGUGUGUGUGUGUGUUUUCUAUAUAGGUAUGUGUGUGUUUGGUAAUGCAUGGGAUUUUCACUUAAGCUUGUGCAGAGCAAUUUUUCUCCAUGCUGAAACCUCUCGUUACUUCUCUACAUUCUCUUGUAGGUUUUACAGCUGAACAGUUUCUUAAUGGCACAGCCACACAGCUGACAUACCAUGGGCUCAGUGAGCUGACUACAACCCUACAAGAAGGAGAGCUCUGUGUAUUCUUCAGGAACAAUCAUUUUAGUACCAUGACCAAAUAUAAGGUAGGAUAUCUCAUAUUGGUAAUGUAGUGGUUUUGGUGCAAAGAUCAUGUCCCUGCGUAAAUGCCAAUAUCUACAUUUGAGAAAACAUCUCUACUGGUUUCCUACACAUUUUCUGCGUCCUCACACCCGACAUGAUAAUGAUGAACGCUUUUUUUUUGUAAAUACUUUAUUUUUGAGUUUUCAUCAGUCUUUCAUGCUUGAGGGUUACAGAAAAGGAGAAGGGUUACAAUGUAUUACAAGAAGAUGAGGUUACAUUUUCAGAUUUUACAUUGUUAAAUUUGCAUACAUUCAUAUUUUCUUGCAUUCUGUUGUUGUUUGCUGUAGGCAUUCAUACGUUGCCAAUACUCAGGGUUUGGGAGUAACAAGGUGGGUAAAGGGAGUUGGGGGUGUCUUCCCCGAUUAAUGUAUCCACCAGCAUCCCUAUUCUUAAGUUCUUUGUUUUGGAUGCUAGUCCUGGUUUUUGUUGUGUUAAGCUCGUUAGUAUUUAAUGCCAGGUUCUUUAAAUGCUUGAGUAAGUGUGAUCUCAUUCUGUUCUUUACGUUAUGGUGUCUUAGUCAGCGAGGGCUGUGCUGUUACAUCUGGGUUCAGGGGUAUAGAACUUUGAGUCGGUGUGGGGGUUAUGGGUGUAGGGGGAGGGGUGUUCGCCCCCUUCAAGAAUGGGGGUUUCCAAUGUGUCUUUAGAUCGUUUUCUGGUGUUUGGUUGUGAUCGAAGUGUUUUCUGUGUUCGGAUCGGUUGUCGUUCUUGUGUUUAUGUCUAUGUGGGUAAUCCCGGGUAGAUGCUGAACGCUUUUAACUCCGCUGAUAGACACUCUUUGGGGUAACGGUAAAGCAUUUUUGUCAUGCAUGUGCUGUAGGUUGCCAAUGCUUCUCUUUAAGAAGCUUUGGAUUGGACCAAUAGCCAUGAGGAAUGAUCUCACCGCAGACAAAGCCACUGGUGUGAUAAAAUGGUGCUGGGAAAAGGGUGAGUUUAUUUUAUAUUUCUAAGCCCUGAAUCACAAUUUAUAAAAGAACUGUAAAGUUAUAAAUAUAUUUACAUUAGUUUUUUUUUAAUUGAUUUUUUUUUUUUUUACACAGUUACAGAAAAAUCAAAUUAAAGUAACACUGUAUUCACCUAGACCUCUUCAUCUUCUUGUUUUUUUUUUGUUUUUUUUUUGCUCAGCAUUUGAUUUCUGAUAGCCACUACAGCUGUUGUUUCCAAACCAAGGUAUGGCUACCAAGUCCAGGAUUUAGGGAUUACCCAGUUAUGUCAAGGUGUUUUUUUUUCCUUUCAGGCAAUCAUUAAAUCCUGGACUGGUAGGUGUGCAUUGAGAACUGGUUUGAAAACCACUGCACUAGAGGCUCAUAGCAGAACGUCAUUGGAGGAGCAUGGUGUUUGCCGCUCAUACCGAUCUCCAAUCCUAUGCCUCUGUAUGAAAAGCUUUAGAUUGCAGGAGGUUGCAGAGGAUGUGGGCGGUGCAGAGCAGGCAGCUGCAGUGAAGGAGUCUCGUUUGUUAACUUUUUUACAGCAAAGGGGGUGGACAGUGCUCACAGCAAUAGAAGGAAGUCUACAGUCAAGAAAAACAGAAUUGUUCUUUUCAGGACCAUAGAUUCCCUUUAUAUAGAUUAUAAUAAAUUAAAUAACUUAUUCCAGUUGUAUCGCUCACAAUAUGUUUAUCAGGGGGUAUAUUUUUUAGAGGGGAUUUGGUUGCACUUGCUCCAUCAAGCAGUCAGGCUUUUUAAGUUUAAAAAAUGAGUCUCAGAAAAAUUACAAAUAAAAUAAUACAAACAAGAACCUUGGUGAGUGAGCAAUAAUCAAGAAUUAAAAAAUAAAUAAAAGGACUGAAUAGAAUAGUCAAAUCUGAGUACUCAUACUUGUGCCAGUGGUAGCUACAUUCCCUCUCAUAACCCUUUCUUAUACUCAGUGAGAUACAUUCCAUCUAAUAACCCUCUCUUACAUGCAGCGAGCUACAUUCCCUCUCAUAACCCUCUCUUUUAUCCAGCGAGCUACAUUCCCUUUAAUAACCCUCUCUUAUAUCCAGCGAGCUACAUUCCCUCUCAUAACCCUCUCUUAUAUCCAGCGAGCUACAUUCCUUCUAAUAACCCUCUCUUAUAUUCAGUGAGAUACAUACAUUCCCUCUCAUAACCCUCUCUUAUAUCCAGCGAGCUACAUUCCCUCUCAUAACCCUCUCUUAUAUCCAGCGAGCUACAUUCCCUCUCAUAACCCUCUCUUAUAUCCAGCGAGCUACAUUCCCUCUCAUAACCCUCUCUUAUAUCCAGCGAGCUACAUUCCUUCUAAUAACCCUCUUAUAUUCAGUGAGAUACAUUCCCUCUAAUAACACUCUUAUAUUCAGUGAGAUACAUACAUUCCUUCUAAUAACCCUCUCUUAUAUUCAGUAAGUCAAAGUCAGACUUCCAACUGAAGUCGGUAAAGUAUCACUUCAGCAACUGAGCCGCUGCGCUUUAGGUGCUGAAUAAGCCUUAGUUCUUGUCAGACUUGCUGAAAUUGUUGUUAAAUAAGCAUGGUGCAGCAUCCUUUUAGUCCUCACGCCAUACCCACUGCAGCCCACUGUAGUGAUUAUGGUGCCAAUAGUCCAACUGUAAGAAGGCAAGCUAUUAUUCAGCAGUUUGGCAUUUACCUGGAUCUCCAAAUUCCUGUGGUCUGUAAGUCUUCUCUGAUAUAGCUAAAGGGGAUAAUGAAACCAUUAUUCCCAGCAGGCUGCUUUUAAAUGUUACCAUCAAUCACUCUUGGUAUGAGGAACUCACUUCAGCGGUAUCUAGGCCACCCUUGAGUUAUAAAUCCUUCAAGAUCCUUAAACUAUUUGUCUCUGCAUACCUGUGUGACCACUACAUAGCUUAGUGGUGAAAUCUCUUGUCUUUGUCUCUUUACUCCACACUCGUCACUCCUUCAAUCCCCAGCCUACAGUUGUUCCUCUCCCUCCAUCUAACCUCUUUUCUUGUAGUGGCUUUCUCCAUCUUGCUAUAAACAUUCUGCUGUAUGUGACUGCCCAGAAUUCAAGUGUUUGAGUGUGUGUGUGUUUGUUUUCUCCUAGCCCUACCUCCAAACACUGGUUAUGGGUCCUUGCUGCUGAAAUCUUGCUGAUUACACUGGUGGAAUCUCUGAGAAUACAGCUGUGCUGAGAUCCUUCGUAACAUGGAGGGCUCCUGUUAAAGUUAGUGGUUAGUCACUAGGCCCCACUAAUGGAAUUAAAUAAUGCUGGACAGGAUGGGGUGAUCUUUUGAUCUCCACAGUUUGCUUAACACGGCUUAGUGUUAGUUAAUUGCAUUUUCUGUUUUUGUAUCGGAUCCUGCAUGAUGUUGAUUACUGUAGGUUAGUCCAAAAUCUUACUGUAUUUAAAAGUUCCCAAUUUAGUGAAAGCUUCCUAGUAUUUGAUAUCAUUGUGUAUAAUAAUUUUGCGAUGCGCGUAGAAGCCAACUAUUGUGGCUGACUAUUCAGCUAGGUCAAGGAUUGCUGAGUCUUAAUGGAUAUUAAGACUGUGAAUUUAUUUAAGCUUGGUGGUUAUUAUUAUUGGUAUUUAUAUAGCACCAACUAAUUCCGCAGCGCUUUACAAUAUUGUGAAAGGGGUAUAUUUACAAUAAAUGAGACGAUUACACAGUGACACAGGAACAAUAGGUAGAUGAGGGCUAAUGAGAUAAGCAUUAUGCUGGUGCCACCAUUCUCAGAUGUUUGGGUAUUUUGCGAUUUUUACAGAUCCACCAUGUUUAGGUAUACAAAACCAGUGCACUUCUGCCUAUAGCAAGCCUAAGUGGCAACAAAACCGAAGUUGCUUUGGCUACAAUAAAAAACAAUUUUGUAUAACAAGGGGGACUGUGCAAGCAGGAUAUGACAUUAAUCAUUAGAAGUAUUGUGUUCUUUAUUUAAUUCUGCAAGGAAUUGAAUUGCUAUACCUUUAAGCCUUUUAAGUCUUCCUCCGUGUACCUGAGCCGUCUGAUAUAUUAAUCUAAUUUCUUCUAAAACUAGCUACUUUUCCCCAUUAUAUAUGACCUUGUAGAAGUGAAAAAACACCUGCAUGUCGCUACAUCUCCAAUGACAGCCACACACAGGGCCUCCAACCUAUCAGGCUUCCUGAUACACCAGUGGCCCAACUUGAGAGAAAAUAUAGCAAUUGUUCAAAUUCAGCUUCAUUAAUCUUUAUUUGAAAAUUUACAUUUAACGACUGGAGUCAGUGCUUUGCUCCCAAGGUAUAGGCUUUAGCUACAAUUGCAAUAAAGCAUCUGAUAUCAGCUGAGCCACAGAGAGUAGUAUUUUUAGUCCCAUUAAUACAGCUGGGAUUCCAGAAGCUGAAGUGGAAAUACUGAUAGCAGAAGUUAACACAUAAAGCAGAGCUUAAUUAUUUUGGAGGCAAAAAGAAGUCCCUUGCCUCUUUUUUUCAGGAUUCCCAUCAGUCAUAAAACGAAAUGUGGUAGUAAUCAAACUAGAAAGUCAUAUCGACAGUAUUCUGGCUGAAACAUAAGUGCUAGUAAUAUUCUCAAAAGAAAUGGUUAAAACCUAAUAUUAUAUGCUAAUCGGUGCAGAACACAAAGCUACCUUAAUAGAGAUGUGUGUACAUGUAUAUACAGUGUGUGUGUAUAUAAUAAAUUAGGUCAUUCUCUUCUUGCCAUCAUUCAACUAAAACAUGUCCGUUUUCGUUAUCCUAUUUUAUUAGUUUUAAUUUAUUUCAAUUGUUUAUAUUCAAAUAAUCUAGAGUUUUUGGCUUCCUAACAUGUGCUUUGUAUUUCUAAUGACCCAUAGUGUACUAUUCAGUAGCUUAGACUGAGCUGUGGCUUGAGGGAACAGCCGAAGUGAGAGAGAGAGACUAUCACAAUUACAAUUACUUUGUCACACCUUGUGACUGCCGUGCAUCGGCGGCAUUUCUUCCGUCUCAGUGUGACCCUUGCCUGAUUCUGUCUCAACGUGAGACAUCACAGUCACGCUGCAGGGCAGGGGAGGCGCAAGUCCAACAGUAUGCGGCGAUGCUGAUUGGCACAUAGUGCAAUAAAAAACGAACUCGCAAUUCUUUCAGAGAUUGUUGCUGGCCUAAGGGGCAGGUGCUUUGGGCCCCCUCUCUGUCGCAUUAAAGAAGGGCAUUUUUUUUACUUUAGGAAGCCCACUUCAUCAGUGGCCCACAGGGCCCACUUGCCAUCAGGCAAGCUGACAUCCUGGCCAGUCCACCACUGGUCAUGUGUGCUAGGGAAGGGAAAGUAGUCCUUGGAACACAAGUGCAAAUAUCUCUGGAUGUACAGCGUUUCUGCAGACUUCUACCACAAUGACUACUUUAAGAGCAGAAGUGGUCAUGGUGGUUGGAGUAACCCUUUAAAGGACCACUAUAGUGCCAUGAAACCAUACUCGUUUUCCUGGCUCUAUAGGGUCCUUGGGUCCCCCCCACCUUCAGGGCCCCCCUCCCGCCGGGCACUAGGGUGAGGAAGGGGUUAGUCCGUUACCUUUUUUCCACGUCGGGCUGCCUCAGUGCUGGGGACUCUCCUCCUCCUUUCCCUGUCAUUGGCUGAAUGCGCAUGCGCGGCAAGAGCCACACACGCAUUCAGCCAGUCCACAGGAAAGAAUUCUCAAUGAUUUCCUAUGGACGCUGGCGUCUUCUCACUGUGAAAAUCACAGUGAGAAGCGCGGAAGCGCCUCUAGCGGCUGUCAGUGAGAGCUCUAGCUCUUGACAAAGGCGCACGUCUGUGCCGAAAUGCGCAUUGAGCGUUACUUUUGAUUACUAUUAAUCUUACUGAGAGUUACUUUUGAUUACUACUAAUCUUACUUAGGAUCAUCAUCGAUUCUGCUAUAUCUAGCCUAUAUCUAGCCUGGUCUGGGGUUGGCCUAUACCACGUAGGGCUUACUAUUAAAUCAGCAUCUCGGGUUCGCUUAUACUAUUUAGGGCUAUCUAUAAAAGAGGUUCGUUUAUACCACUUAGGGCUUACUAUCAGAUUAAGUUGUUGCAAAUUCUUCACAAACACAUGCCGUUCGUUUGUUUUUUCUAGCACUUCGUUUCAUUCGUCUGUUUUGCCGCGUUUGACUACUCUUAUUCGAACAGUCAGUGCAUUCUUCUGUUUUCCUAUUCAUUCCAUUCGUCUAUUUAUCCCAUUGAAUUCGUCUCUUUUUUGCCGAACGUUCAGCUCUUUAACUUGAUGAAUUGACUGUAGUUUUGGCCACGAAUCUCGCGAAAUUGCCGGCGGCCAUUUUCUGACUUCCUGUCUCUCUGGCUUUGUGCGUGUUCUCUUCCUAUCAGCCAGUUUGGACCCUGGUGAGCUUCCAACUAUACCCUCCUAGGUUAUACUAGUUUGGGGUGAUUAACUCCCGCUAGUCUCCUCUACUCUGAUUUUUAGCUUUAUCCCAUACAAUUAUACUGUUUAUAUAAUUGUAUUCUUUUGUUGGGGAAUAUCUCACAGCACUACCAUGCCCAGAUCUAAAGUGCCUGCCAACCCCUCCUCCCCUAGGGAGAUGGACAUGCCCCAGGUUUUGGAUAAACCACCUUCCAAUUCUGAUUCCCCUUCUUCUCUUAUGGACCUUAUGCCCUGACUGAUGAGACCCAGUCCCUGGAGCUACAGCAUUCAGUCUCUGACGCCAUUAUGGCUGCUAUGGGCUCUAUGACCUCUGUCCUCUCCCAGACCAUAUCACAGGCCUUACUUGCAUGCCCUCUGGCCGCAGAAGGCUCGGGCACGCCAACACGCUUAGCGCGCUCGGAUACUGACCCUAUAGGGGAGGCACCAAAAAAGGCUUCUGCCAAAUCCAGGCACUCAAAUCCCCUUGCCUCCAGAACCAACACGACUGGUGUGACUGUAUCCACCCAUGACCGUGUGCCUAUGUCACACAAGAGAGCCUUUCCGUGCCAGGCAGAACGGGCGCAGCAGUGGAAAUGUGCUAGAGCACAAAAGGAGAGCGACUCAGAAAUCGGGUCUAGUGAGGAGGCUGACACUGAGUCUGUGGAUGACUCAGAGGAUGAAUUAUGUGGGCAGGAAUCUGACCCUUUUGGCCUUGCUCACUCCGUGAUGGUUGCGAGUGGCCCUAGGAGUGACUCCCCAGCUACUGCGGGCUUCACCCUCGUGGAUCCGUCUGGGGAACCCAUGUUUGACCCAGAUGCUCUCCAUCUUCAGAGGUCAGCGGAAUGGCUCCCGGCGGACCAUGUGGCAUGGUACCUUGAAAACUGGGUACGCCGCCCCCUCAGUAAGGUGGCACGUAAUAAACUUAGGGCUGAAUGCCCAAGACCAUUGGUACCUGGGAAAGUCUGUGAGACCCCUAUAGUGGACCCAAAGAUGACCCAAUUCCUCUCCAAAAUGGGUUGGAAUCCCCGCAAGGGUCUAGAUUCAGCACUUAAAUCGCCAAGAUAAACAUAUCGAUAUAUUCGGCCCUUUGGCCAAACUGUUUGACCUAGCUGAAAUCGUCAGAGCCGAGAAUCAGCAGGUUGACCCGGAGGAACUCCGUGGCUGGGUGCAGAGGGCUAUCUGCAUUGCGGGCAGCGUAAAUACUUCCCUGUCCAUUGAAAGGCGUAAAGCUAUUCUGUUUGUGAUUGAACCCAAACUGGCCAACCUCACCCUCACAGAGGCGGGCAAGGACGCCCAGGGCCUUUUAUUUGGGGGCUCCUUUAGUAAGGACCUGAGACACUUUGUGGGUGCCUUUACACCCCUAGAUAAGGCCCAAUCCUCCAUGAAGAGGGUGUUUCAGGGGCGGGUCUCUACCAGGGCCGGCAGAUUCAGGGGUCGUCUGUCCGGCCGUUCCAAUUACAAUGCCCGUGGAUCGGGACGAGGCACCUACACCCUACCAGGAGACAGACAUCAGUCUCCUUUCUUCCCCUCUCGCAGAAGACCAUGGCGUUCCAGAGGCUUUAGACGCCCUUAGGGUAAGCUUACAUCUACCUCAUGUUUCUUCCAAUAUGUGUGUAGGGGGCAGACUCCAUCAUUUUUCCCACACCUGGUCGGCCAUCACCUCAGAUGUCUGGGUUCUGACCACAGUUCAGGGGUUUCACUUCAUGUCACGUUCCCCUACCUCGCCCUAUUUUGCUUUCAACAGCCGACCGCGCCUUGAUAGAUGCGGAACUAACGGCCCUCCAUGCAAAAGGGGCGAUAGAGCUGGCCCCGGUGUCCUCCACAGGGGUGAUCAGCAACAUUUUCCUAGUAGAGAAGAAAGGCGGACAAAUGCACCCAGUUAUCAACCUGGGCUAUCGUCACUUCAAAAUGAAGGGCAUCCACCUCCUGCAAGACUUACUCCUUCGGGGAGACUGGAUGGCAAAGUUGGAUUUGAAGGAUGCCUACCUGAUGGUCCCAGUGGACGAGUCCUCCAGGGACCUUCACGUGCAUCCCCCUUCUGACUGUCGUCAGCCCCUUGGUGCUUAACGAAACUGAUGCGCCCCACCAUGGCUUGGCUGCGCAGUCGGGGAGUCGGGUUAAUCGUCUACUUGGACGACAUCCUUAUCAUGGCACAGGAUCGUUCAGUCCUUCGGAAACAUCUUCAAUGGACGAUGGACCUCCUCUCCCACCUGGGUUUUCUCCUCAACUGGGAAAAAUCCUGCCUAUCUCCUUUGCAACGCAUGGCAUUCCUAGGCUUCACGGUAGAUUCCGAAGUGGAGUCACUCAGCCUCCCUACGUCCAAGAUACGGACAAUCUACAAGGAACUGCGCCGCGCACCCAGCUAUCUCUGCGCCACCUGGCACGGAUCAUUGGCCUUCUGGCUGCAUCAAUACAAGCGGUGUUCCCAGCCCCACUCCACUACCGUGCCCUCCAGCGCCUGAAGAUCACACACCUUUGCAGCGGGGCGUCCUAUGUGGACAUGAUCUCCCGGGACUCGGAGACCAGGGACGAAUUGACCUGGUGGAUCCACAACCUCUCGGCUUGGAAUAGCAAGGCCAUCUUCGGUUCCCAACCAGAGUUUACGGUAGACUCAGACGCAAGUCUCCACGGCUGGGGUGCCCAUUGCAACGGGGUGACUACCGGGGGUGCUGGUCAGCAGACAAAUCCCGCCUCCACAUCAAUGCUCUGGAACUCCUGGCGGGUUCAUUCGUGAUCCGGAGUUUUGCGAACGGGACUGCCAGCGCAUGCAUCCGCCUGCACAUGGACAACAUUUCAGCGGGCCGCUAUGUCAACCACAUGGGUGGCACUCAAUUGGCAAUCGUGGCCCGCUUGGCGAAGGACUUCAGGGCCUCUUGCUUGGACUGGAACCUGGUGGUAUUCUCCGCUAUAUCCUCUAUAUGGGGACCUUUUGCCAUCGACUUCUUCGCGUCCAGGCUCAAUACCCAAUUGCCCUGGUUCUACAGCUGGCGCCCGGAUCCAACCGUGGAGGCAGUGGACGCCUUCCUACAAGACUGGACCGACUCACUCCUCUACACCUUCCCCCCGUUUGCCAUGAUCCCUCGGGUCCUGCUCCAAGUUUGCCGCCAAAUGGCCGACCUGCUCCUACUAACCCCAUUCUGGGGGACCCAAUCCUGGUUCCCACAACUCCUGGAACUGGCGAUAGACAUACCCAGGCUGCUGCCGUCUCUACCGAACCUCCUCCUGGACCUAUCGGGCUUCCAGCAUCCCUUCCUAGUGGACGGGUCAUUACUGCUGCUCGCGUGGAGGAUUUCAGGGGUCCCUGGGAAAUCCAAGGGGUUUCGGACGCAAUUCGAUGCCUUCUGGCUAACACAUGGGCUCCCGGGACUAGACAAUCAUAUGGGUCCGCUUGGAGAGUUUGGACUGGCUGGUGCCUGGCUCGGAACUUGGAUCCCGUUUCAGCACCUGUGACGGCGAUCCUUCUAUUCCUGACUUCAUUAUUUGAGGCUGGUCGGGCAUAUCGCACGAUUAAUUUGUACAGAUCGGCCAUCUCCUUGGCUCACCAAGGAUUUGACGGCUGCCCAGCAGGCCAACAUCCGUUAGUGUGCUGCUUACUUAGGGGCUCACGCCUGUCGCGCCCCCCUAGACCUCGUUACUCAACUACAUGGUAUCUUUCCUGUGUUUUGUCGCUGUUCUCCUCCUGGCCGCCUAAUGCGGAGCUCUCCUUACGAUAGCUGUCGGCCAAGUUGGUCUCCCUGUUCUGUCUCAUUUCAUGCAAACGGGUAUUGGAUGUUCGUGCCCUGGACUAUGAUGCUAGGUCUUUCACUCCGGACGGGGUGACGUUUAACAUCUCCAGACGCAGCAAGACCGCGAUUCCAUCGGUUUCUUAUCCGAGCUUCCCUGGCCUGCUUACGGGAAUAUGAACUUCGGACGAGCGCACAUCGUGCAACGUCAUCUCCCCAGCUCUUUCUCUCGCUUCGUCGCCCCUUUUCCCCUGUGUCCAGUAUUACAUUGGCUAGCUGGGUUAAAUGGGUUAUUUCUCUGGCCGGCGUGGAUACGUACAUCUUCGGUUCCCACUCAGCCCGAGGGGCAUCGGCCACGUCCAUGGUGAAUUCAGGUGCACGUCUGGAAGAUCUGAUGGGGCUGGCCGACUGGUCCCGCAAAUCCACUUUUCGUGAGUUUUACUUUCGACCUUUGCCUCACGUUUUUUCUUCGGUAAUUGAUCAGCUUUAAACUUGCAAUAUGAGCCUCCGUGUCUUGACAUAAAAUUACAUGAUUUUGCUAUUUCAUGACGAAAAGUCAUGAUUUUGUGAAGGACACGGAGGCGAGUAUUGUCCCACCCUUCUGUUAUUUCACUGAUUUACCCCACCCGGUUGUUUAUUCUCCUAAAGGUUUUCUAGGGUUGGUAGGUAUUCAUUAUGCGCUCUGGGUUUUUGUAUAGUUUCAGCCGUUUAUUAACCUGUUCAUGUUACAUGAUUAUCCAAUAUGCCUCUGUUGAAUUAUGCACACGAUGUUGCUUCUGCCUAGUUCUAAAUUUGUCUUGGCAUGCGCACUUUGGUUCAAGUACCGAUUUAACCGUUCAGUUCCUGUCUUUUGUGUUUUCACAGGUUGAUUCGAUGUUGAUCAAGGUGUCACGAACGCACCCUACUCCAAGAGUGCGCGUGACGUAGUUGUGGUGGUGAAAGGGUUAAAGUUCACUAUUUGUCUGCACUAGACCGGAAAUAAUGACAAAAUCCCCCCUUUAACACCACCCACACUUAAACAUAAUAAUAUAACUAUUACUAUUUUAACGCUGCCACCACCAAGACAAUUUAUAAAUGGGGUGCCUUGGUCCCCCAGGUAAAUCAAUAAUAAAACCCACCAAAUAUUACUUAGAACAAUAUUUAAGUUAUUGCAAAAAUACUAACUAGUCUCUUCAGGUAACGUGAUCCUUAACCAGACAAAGGCAAAACUUAAUAAAUGAAUGUUUAUUAUGAGCAAAAGAUAGUCACAGUGCAUAUAAAAAUAUAUGAUAAACAAAUUAUUUACACCAACAACAGAUAAAAACAAAAAGGAUAAAAUACAGAACUCACUUAGGUUUUCAAAGUACAACUUCUGUCCAGGGGGUCUCUGGCAAGGAAAGAUGAUGGUGACUCACUCAAAAUAAGAUCUUGGCCCCAAGCAAGUACACAAACACCCUUCAGGAUCAUUAGAUAUAUACCCUGUGGUUUAUCAAGUCUUGCCCAGGGGUGGAGUUAAGGCGUACCUACAGAAAUAAUAACUGACCACCUCCUUUGUUCCAGACCACUGUCAAUCCAAAUGGAAACAUUUGACUCUAUCUUCUUUUUUGUACCUGCCACAGAAAUAAUAAUUGCAUCUACAAAUUUGUUAUUAUUUUCCCAUUCCAUAGACAUGUUGCACGUCCCACCCACGAUCCAAUAGGACGGACAUCACAAUUCCUUUCCCUAGGGUCAAGUUAGGCCACUCAUGUUUGGACUUGGUUAGAAGAUGGCGCUUGUCACAUUCCAAAUAUAACAAAAAUGAGGCUUAAUUAUUAUUCUGUGGGGGUAAAUAUGAAUGUUUUUGUCCUUCCUUUGGAUAUGAUACUAGAACAAAGCUAAUGGCAUUUACAUAUCAAAGAGAUUUACUCAUCACUUACAAGGUACAUGCCAAAUGGAUGAAGAGACAUUCAGACUUUUUCCAAGUGUAGAACCUCACACCUUGCAGACUUCACAUCCAUAUAGUAAAAUCCUUUUCACAUUGCUAUGCCAUUCACACUACCCCUUCUGUCAUCUGACCUCUGUGGGGGUCCCAGCUUCAAAAGAUGUAACCCCUGUUGACCUCAGCAAUAGCAUCUCUGUAAUUUGUGCCAUUUACUUCACAAAUUACAUUAAAAGAUGAUAUUCCAUAGUGUAAUAAUAAAUUAUACACCCUUGCCGUGACACAAGGGUCUUCAUCACUUCUCUCUCGGCUUCACCAAGUGGCCAGGAAGUUUAUGGACAGUUCUGUGAUGGGCCCCUCACUGUUGGAAUCCUAUUUAUUGAUGGAUCGGUCCCAGUUUCAUUAUGGUUCCUGAUCGGAGUCCGGCUGGAUUUCGGGUCGCCUGUUCUAUUUGGUUUGGACUGUUUCAUUGUUCCUGUUUUGUGGUUUUUAUGUCGUAUCUCCAAAGAAAGAGGAAAUGUGUGGGGAGGUGCUGACUAUUAUACUGGGACUUGGUAUGGGUGUGGCCUAUCACUAUGGUUACCAUUUUUUUUUCUUACUGUUGUAUUCUUUGCUGCUAUUGGUGUACAGUAAAGAAAGGGUUAAGCAAUAUGAGCCUCCGUGUCUUGACAUAAAAUCAUGACGUUUCGUCAUGAAAUAGCAAAAUCAUGUAAUUAUUUUCUAUUUCUCAAGGCUGUAAAUGCAAGAGCAGAAAUGUUACUUCACAAUAACAUGCUGAAAGGACUCUAUACCAAACCCCUCUUUGGAUCUCUCAAAUCAUCACAUAACACAAUGUUCAAAUGGAAAUUAUAAAAAAUAAAGAAUUAAAUAACAAACUGAAGUGCUUCUCUAUAAUGGCUUUACAUUUGUAUCGCCCACAAAAAUGGCAUGUCUUGUUUCUUUAAACACCUUUGACUUCUGUAUAUUUUCAUUUAUUUCACUACAGUGACUGUAAGCAGAAUAGAUGCUAAGGAAACUGGAGUAUUCUAUUUAUUUUGUGUAAAAAGCCUGAGUAAUGCAUUUCUUGCUAAUUGGACUGUUAAGAAAUAUUUUAUUUUAAAGUGAAUCUGUUGUUGAAAUGUAAACUUUAUAUAAACCUUUUCCCUUUGCUGUAUAAUGACCAAAAAUUGUCAUUCUCUCACAUCAAAUUUCAUUACCGGUAUUCUGUAAGUACACUAACAUGCAGAAGCAAUAGAAUCUACGUUUCUAAUGGAGAAAAUUAGAAAAUGUGAUCUUUAAGAGAUAACUGCAACAAAAUGUGAUUGUAGCUUUUGUCAUGUGUGCACGCACCUAAAGUCUCCAUGGUUCAAUAAGAUGAAAGUAUGAAGAUAAUUGGAGAGAGUGGUUUUACUGUUCUGAAUUUUUAGAACCACUGUCAUUAUUCUGCCCCUCUUGUGUACCCGGUCUGUUUUAAUGGUGUUUCUCCUGGUGACAUGAAAAGGUAAAUUUACAUCUCCAAUACUUUAUGAAUUUCCUCAGGGUCUUCUGUACUUACUGGUAACAGACCAGGGAUUUCUAACAGAAGAAAAUAUUGUCUGGGAAAGCUUACAUAAUGUGGACGGGGAUGGGAACUUCUGUGAUUCUGAAUUCCACCUAAGACCCCCAUCUGACCCAGAAGCUGUAUACCAGGGUCAGCAAGACCAAAUUGAUCAGGUAAAUAAACCAUUAACCAUUUCACACUGGUGUUAUGAAUAGAGAAUUAAUAGGAAUUCAGACAAGGUGACAUAACUGAAAUAAAAAAUUUAUUUCCUGAUGGCUAUUUUUGUAUUGUCUUUAUUGUUUUAUUCAUUGUAAAACAGCCCGUGCUGCUUCCAAUUUAAUUAAAUUAUUGCUUUCCCUGUUGUAAAGGAUUAUAAUCGCCUGACUUGUAAAAUUUCUCUGAGACCUGUUCUUAUCCGUAGAAUUUCCCUGUUUUUGUAUUGGGGACUAAUAUAUGUCUCCCUAUGAUAUCUACUGAUCACUAUGAUACCAUAAGCAGAAUAUUGUAUAUGUAUAUUCUUUUAUGUGCCUUUUUGUGUGUUUAGCAAAUCAAUGUUAUUGAUUUGUUAAAUAAAGUACACAAUUUUAACUGCCUUUUGUUAUAUUCAUUGAUUUGUUCUCAUAUUUUGUAGGACAGACUUUCCGUUUUCUUUUCAUUAUUUACCCCAUUAGGGUUACCCCCUGGUCUGUCCCCCGUCCCCCCCCCCUUUUGGACAAUUUUUUGGCCAACUGUUCUUUAUUUAAUUAAGUGUUUAAUGUACACCAAAAUAUGUUUAGAUACGUUUUGAAUAAUUUGAUCUAUUUUCAUAAAUGUAAUUAACCACUACAUAAUUCUACAAAUCGACAUGCUGUAAAGUAAGAAUGUCUUUUAAAUAUUCUUGUUAAUUAAAAUGCAAAGUGGGUUAACAGAAGAAUAAGCUUUGAAAUCAAUAUUUGGUGUGACCACUCUUGCCUUAAAAAAAACAUCCAUUCCGCUUGGUCCACUUGCACAAGAUCAGCAAUUUUGUACAGAUAUAGUAAGGUGCAUGAUAAAACUCAUACCAGACAGGUGCUAGUGAUUAUCAAUAUAAUAUGUAGGCUGAAACAAAUUUGUGUAAAAACGAAACUGCUAUGUAGGAGGAAUAAAACUGGGUGAGGAACAGCCAAACUCUAACACGGUGAGGUUACUGAAGACCGUUAAAUGUCAAAAGCCAUACACCAUGGCAAGACUGAGCACAGCAACAGAAUACAAAUACUGUAUCUGCAAGGUCUCCCCGGGCACAAACUUCCAAGCAAACAUGGGUAUCCAGUUGUGCUCUUGAAGCUCUUCUGAAGAAGCACAAAGAAACCAGCCAUGCGGAGGACCAUAAAUGCAGAGGUCAGUAAAUGAAAAGUCGGUGCAUCAAAUGAAAGACGCAUCACUGCCCUUUGCAAUCAGAAAAUGUCUAUCCGUUCCACCACUUCAGAAUUGACAGAAACAAGUAAACCCAUCUGGAGGUAUGAUCCAACGAGUCCUGGAAGAGAUGUUUCCAGAACCCUAAUCUACACACCAUUGAGUGUUCCUGUGAUUACAUUAAGAGACAGCAGCAACUGAAGCUGCCUAAAUCCACAGAAAAAACUGUUAAUAGUUCUCCAAAAUCAUUUGGGACAGCCUACCUGCGGAGUUUCAUACAAAACUGUGUGCAAGUGUACCUAGAAGAAUUGAUGCUGUUUUUUUUUUUUUUUAAUUCUUUAUUUAUAACAAGAUCAGACACCACAGUAAGAUAUGCAACAUGAUGCAAAUGUGAACAAUAGCUCAGACAUAAGGCAACAUUAGUUAAGAGCGACUAUUUAUACAUGUCCAUAUAACCAUCUAAAACAUCGUAGCUAACAUAUGCUUGUUGAACAUGAGAGUCUGGUUACCGCGGCGUCCCACCGAUUUUUGAAUUAAGUAAUACAAAGACUCCUGACUGACUAUAAAACACAUGGUAGUAUUUCACGUUACCUAUCAUCAGUGAAUUGAUGCUGUUUUGAAGGCAGAGUGUUCACACCAAAUAUUGGUUUGACUUAAAUUUUCCUUUUGCUCACUCACUUUGCAUUUUGUUAAUUCUGUUUUUGAAAGCAUUUUUUCACACCCGCCUAAAACCUUUGCACAGUAAUGUAUAAAUCAGAAAACUUAACCUGUUGAUGUGACAAGACCAUAUUUGGACAAUUAGUUUAUCCUAUCUUAUGUAAAACUCAGUAGGCAAAUGUGUUGAAUGGUCCUGUGGUGUUGGAGUUGAUCCUGUUGUGCUUUGACUCACAAGCUCAUCUGAAACCAUUUGAAAAUCUGCGUAGCACAUUAUCUAUCACCACUGCUCAUGUCCAUAGCAUUCGUUUGAAAAGCUGGUCCUUUUAGUGCUAUAUUUUGAAGUGGUCUGGGCUUGUUCCAAGAGAAAUUUUGCUCCUCAACUUAGCAGCAUUUGUACUGACUAGCAAACUUAUGAAAUGGAACAGUAAAUGAAAAGUGCUCUUUAAAGGCUUCUCUUUCUCCCUUCCGCGACAUACUGAAAUAGAUAGCAAGAGGGUUAAAAGCAAAUAAUAAUAAAUAUGAAAUGUUUCUACGGGGCUCUCAAUGGGAGUUUAAUCUGCAUAGAAGACUUUUUAUUUAAUCAAACUGCUUUAACAUCCCAACAGGGCUCAUUAUGUUUUUCUUCCAACAAUCAAGUAGAAAAUUCCAUUAGAUUUUUUUUUUCCAUUAGCAUUAGAUCCUACUGAUGUUUGUGGUGAUUGAGUAUUGUUGUCACAGUAUUGCCAUGUCUUACGGCAAAGCUUAUGAAAUCGUUAUACAUUAUUUAUCAGCUCUGUGACAACUUCUGAUGGCUCCGGCCUCCUAUAAUUACGUGUUUUGUUUUUUUAUUUUCCAAAUGUGCAGCUUUGCACUGAUCUGCCAGCAUCUAUAAACAUGUAAUUUUCAAUUUUAUCUUUUCAUUCAAGCUGCACAAAGGCCGUGUUAUCAAACCCCCUUAGAUUUGUAACAGCCAUAGUAUUUAAUAGCUCUUUGGUCACUUCCACUGCUAAUCUGACCCAAGGGAAUAAGAGGAGGCAGCUACUUGUGAACAUUCUGAUUAGGCAUCACAGAAGGAAGGGGAGAAUCAAACAAAGUAAAUUAAUGAGGGCUAGAGAAGGAAAUUGGAGCUUUAAAAUAAUUUAUGAAAGCCAAGAGUUGUUCUGGAAGGACAGGUAGAGAGUGAAUGCAUUUGUAUAUCUGUCUUUGCAUGCCCCCCUUCCUUUUUCUCUUGCUUUCCCUGCAAGCCCCCUCAUUUCUUUUCUACCCCUGUCUCUGGUUGCCACCACAGGAGGCCUCUCCCUUUCCCAGUCUCUGGCUCCCGCCACAGGCACCUCCUCCCUUCAGGGCCAGAUUAAGAGCCCAGUGGACCCGGUGCUUACAAUUAUGAUGUGCCUAAUUAAAGAAUCUUAUCAACCAAAAACACUAAAACAGUCAUACCUCUCAAGCGUCAUGUAUCUGAUGGAGUUGGUGUUGGAGGGAAACUCAAAGGAUGCAGCUAUAAGAAAACACAUACUCUAUGUUAAUCUCUUUAUCUAAUUUAUGGUUUAAUCCUUCAAGUAAAUCCAUACCCCCUAACAGCAGUGUCCAGUGAAGCAGGGAGCCAAUGGGAGGGGUAAAAGAGUAGGCCAUUGAUGCGAAUCAUGUGACUAGAACUUCCAAAAGGGCAAACAUGCCCAAAAAUGGGGUAUGUCUGUCCAAAGAAUUGGAAGGCCAGCCUGGCAUCAGUGUCCCUAUGUAUCACAGUGUCAGUGCCCCCAUAUCGCCCAAUCCCCUAAUCUCCCAGUGUCUGUGUUCCCAUUUCUCCCAGUGUCCCCAUGUCUCAGUGUGUCCCGUGUCACGAGGAUACUAGGGGACACAGUGAGACAUGGGGACACUGAGACACUUGGGGUCAUUGGGAGACAUGGGGGCACUUACAGAUACAGACAUGGGGACACUGAGAGACAUGGAGACACUGGGAGACAUGGGGACACUAAGACAUUUGGGGACACUGGGAGAAAUGGGGUCACAGACACUAGGGACACAGAGACAUGGGGAUACAGAUAUUUUGGCAAACUAAGACACUAGGGACACUGAGAGACAUUGGAACACAGACACUGUGAGACAUGGGGACACUGAGACACUAGGGACACUGGCUGGGAGGCAUGGGGACACAGACACUUGGGGACACUAUGAGACAUGGGGCACUUGUGGACAUAGACAUGGGGACAUUGGGAGAUAUGGGGACACUGUGAGACAUGGGAACACAGACACUGGGAGACAUGGGGACACUGAGACACUAGGGACACUGGCUGGGAGACUUAGGGACACUGGGGGACAUGGGGACACUGAGACACUGCCUGGGAGACAUGUGGAAACUGCAAUACAUGGGGACACUGAGAGACAUGGUGACAUAGACACUGGAAGAUUAGGGGACACUGGGAGCCAUGGGGAUACUGGGAGACAUGGGGACACUAAGACAUUUGGGGACACUGGGAGAAAUGGGGUCACAGACACUAGGGACACAGACAUGGGGAUACAGAUAUUUGGGCAAACUAAGACACUAGGGACACUGAGAGACAUUGGAACACAAACACUGUGAGACAUGGGGACACUAGGAGACAUGGGGAUACUGAGACACUAGGGACACUGGCUGGGAGGCAUGGUGACACAGACACUUGGGGACACUGAGACAUGGAGCACUUGUGGACAUAAACAUGGGGACAUUGGGAGACAUGGGGACACUGUGAGACAUGGGGACACUAGGGACACAGAGACAUGGGGACACAGACACUGGGAGACAUGGGGACACUGAGACACUAGGGACACUGGCUAAGAGACAUAGGGACACUGGGGGACAUGGGGACACUGAGACACUGCCUGGGAGACAUGUGGACACUGCAAUACAUGGGGACACAGACAUUUGGGGACACUAGGGACACUGGCUGGGAAACAUGGGGACACUGAGUGUCUACCUAUGUCUCACAGCAUCCCCAUGUGUCCCCAUGUCUCACAGUGUCCCCAUGUGUCUCAGUGUACCCACAUCUCUCAGUGUCCCCAUGUCUCCAUGCUGCCUUUCCCCUCAUCCCUCGCUUCCCUGAGUUGUAGUCUGUCUCUGCAGGCUGGGAGCUGCCGUCUGAACUCUCUGUGCUGUGUAGCUGCUCCCCUGCGUACACCAUCAUGGCCAGGCAGCCUCAAAUAUCGUCUGUGCCUUAAAAUACUACUCAAGUGGCAAACCUAAGAGUAGUGAGGGAAAUUUUUUUUUUUUUUUUUAAAUGGGCCUAUUCCAUUGGCCUGGGCCUGGAGCUGCAGCUCCAUCAGCCCCUAUGUUAAUCCGGCCCUGCCUCCCUUAUCUCUGGCUCCCGCUGCAGACGCCCCCUUCCUUUCUCCUUUUUACUAUUUCUGGCUCCCGCCGCUGGUCCCCUCCCUCCCUCUCCCCUUCCAUUUAGUGUUAAAUUGUUCUUAAUGUUUGAAUGCUAACUUAGGCUUCCCAGAAGCCCAUCUCAUGUGUGCAGCUUAGGCUGUUGAGGAAGCAUUAGCCCUAGCGGUAAUGGGUAGCUAUGAUUGGCUCUGAAUAUCAGCUGAUCGAUUUCAGCCUGUCACAGUGCGCAUUGCUGGUGUGAAUUUGUAUGGCUAAAAGGAAGUAUGUAACCUGUGUCUUAGCCACAACUACAGUGGGGAUGAGAUGUGGAAAGCCAGGGACAGUCAUUCAGUGAUAUACUGAUUAAAAAUGGAAGGACAGUGACAGGGGACUUCAUGCACUAUAGCCAAUUCAAUGAGAUAAAAUGUAUUGUCCCUGAUCCCUUCAUGGCUCUAAUAUUACAUGUAGAGCAACUAAUUAUAUAACCACCCUUACAAUGUAUUACAAUAUAAUAACACAGGUAAGCUAGGUUCUAGGAGUCUGGUGGUGAAUGCAUGAAAGAUGCUUUGCCCUAAGUUGUUCAGGCUACCUGUCUGUCUCCUUCUACGUUAUGUUCAGUCACAAACUAGAAUUUUGAUUGGCGGUUGUAUGCAUUCCUCUGGUUCUGAAAGUAUCGCAGGCUUAUUUUUUUUUCUUUGGUAGAUUAGUAAUCAUUCAAACUGUUGGUGGUUUAUUUUGCAGAUGGGUUUUAUUUCAUAUAUUUGUUUAUUUCUAGGAUUAUCUGAUUGCUUUGUCACUUCAGCAAGAACAGCAGAAUCAAGAUAUUGACUGGGAACAGAUCCCAGAAGGUAUUAGUGACUUGGAGUUGGCCAAAAAACUUCAGGAAGAGGAAGAUCGUCGAGCAUCACAAUAUUAUCAGGAACAAGACCAAGUACCGUCUGCUGCACCCGAGCAGGUAUAUAUCUUCAGCCUGCAAUAAUCCAAAUGAUAUACCACAUUCAUGAUAUUUUUGCCCAAAAUUUAGUGAAAGUGCCAAAAUAUUUGUAAAACACAAAUUGAGACCCAGGAUCACAUGCAGUACAGAAAACCUCACAUUCAAUUUGUAGUCUGAAUUCUACUUAAAGUGUCCGUGUCCCUUUCCCACUGAAAAACAAAUAUUUGUUAAAGAUAAACUCUUUUAUGAAAUACUCAUUUUGACUGUUUCUGGGUUGAAAUCUCCAUAAAAUUCCAACACAAAGUAGGGGCUAGUUUUGUUGCGACAAGCAUUUACUCAGCUACUCACUCAGUUUGCCUGAAAGCAGACAUGUAUGAUGGCUUGCUAGCUGGCAGAUGUGAAUUAAUUUAACUUUACUGGAAAAUAUCUUCUGCUGUCUAAUAAAAGCUGGUAAAUGAUUAUUGGGUAUAUCUACAAUUGACUCUGAAUGUUAAUCCGCUUUAUUCAUUUAUUCUUUAAAGCCAGGCCAGCUGUCUCCUGCAGCUCAGAGUCCAUCCAGUGGCCGGCCCCCAGGGAGCAGUGAAAGGAAACGGAAAGAGCCGAGAGAAAAGGAGAAGGAAAAGAAUACUUGUGUCCUUUUAUAGACUUGGCAAGGUCAAUAAGUUUGAUAUUGCAGGAAACACGAAGGCAUAGACAAGGAAAAGGAGACAUCUGUUAAUAUGCCAUCUGUGCCUGAAGAAACCCCUGCUCGGUUUCCGUUUGGAAAGGGGGAAUUUGCUACAAACAGACUUGCUUCAGAUUCACCCACCACACUCUAACCUUCUGUAAUUUCAAACCCCUUGGUUCAUGCAUCAUAUUGUUAAUGUUAUAAGCUAACAAUCUAUGUAUUCCAGCUGUCAUUCAUAGUGCAGUUUUCAAGAUUUAACCUGAAUCAAUUACUUCAUAUUUUACUCUGAAACCAUCAAGAAAAACCACACAGUGUUUCGCCCCAAGAAGGCCUUCGGUAUGACUCAAGGGUUGGUGGGAUGGGGGAUGCAAAUAGUUCUGGGCUCAGUAAUCUUCUGGAUUUGCUGCAGCUGCUGUGUGCGCUUUACAUUUAGCACACCUGCCUAAAAUUACUCUUACCUGCAAGAUUUUAUGGCAUUUGAAGUAACAGAUCAGCCCAACUUUAUUCUUGUGGUGGUUAUAGUAAUUAGCUGUUUAGAGUGAACCAAGCUAAUAUUUACUCCAGAACAUUCACUGUGUCAUACGGGCGCUGUACCCAAAAUAUCAGGUUAAAAUUUUUUGUGACAAACAUUUUUUUAACCUAAUGGACCAGAAUGACUUUUUUUUUUGUCUGGUUUUGUAUAUAAUGUGCUACAUGUUGAAGAAAGAAGACCAAGGGGAGUUUUUUUUCUUUCAGAAGAAAGACUAACUCAAUAAAUGACUGUUACAUCUUGCACUACUCUGAUUGGUGGUGUGCAUGUCCCAUCAAGUGGUGAGAUUAACUGAAUGGUUUGAUCAAGUCUUGAAUUAUAACUACUCAUAGCUCAUCCUUAAGUUUUCACCAGCCCCCCCUAGCUUUGGCACCUGAAUUCAGGCUGCAAUUAAUGUUGGCUUUUUAAGUAAUAGUUCCUUAGCGUCCCUACAUUGGUUUUUAUACUAAAAUGGUUUUAGCCUGCUUAAAAGAUGCUGUGAUACCAUACUGGGAUAAAACAUUUGUUCCCUGUGUUGAACUAGAGUGACAAAGUAGGGCAAAGUGUGAUAUAGGCAGUGAACAAUGCAUUAUGUUCUGGUUAUAGGGGGCACGAUAAGCUCCAUAAAAGACCACAUACAUGUUGCUGUUAGACUGUACACUAUCCUUUAGUUUUGGGUCAAACCGGUUUGAACAGCUGUAUAAGCAAGUUCAGCAAUUAUUUCUUUGAGUCAUUUGUUGCUUUCAUGCCUUUUUGUAUAUUGUUACAUAUUUCAAUAAGAUGUUGAAAAAAAACUUAAAUGGAUCAGUUCAAAAAUAAACCUAGGUUCCAGGAAGUGCACACAAACCCUCCUUUGGUUCAGUCUGUAUAUAUAUAUUCAUAACAAUCUGUAUAUCUGAUACUUCUCACUGUGCAUUCAGUUAAACAUGAACCUUGGCAGCUAGAACAUACAGUCCCUUUUCUGACUUAGAUUUUAGCAUAUCACCAUCUUCAAGACUUGUGCACAAAGUCUUUUGCGCCAGUAUGAACAUCAAUUUCUUUUUAAACUAUGCCCCAAAUAAAAUCAGUCUAGUAUUUACUUGGAGUCUCAAGAUCAUUUGGAUUUAGAAAAAAAAAGGGAUUUGAUGAAACACCUGAGAUUCAUAUUAACUAGUACCUUUAUUUUCAUAUUGUAACUCCAGUUAGGGCAGGGUUUCUCAACACUCCUCAAGCUACCAGUCCAGGAUUCAGGAAUUACCCUGUUGUGUCUAAAAUGUUUGUUCCCCCCUAAAAACCCUGGACAGAUCAGGGGUCCUUGAUGACUGGGGUUGAGAACCCCUGAGUUAGGGGAAGGAACAACAAGUCCCCUGCUGCUCCCACAGGAAAUUUUAAUAAUGAACUCCAUGUUUUACUUUCAAGUAAAUGCCUGUUCCCAGCAAGAUCAGGAGUGAUCGAAACCUAGACUAGUGACCUCCCAGGCAAAAUAAUAAAUCCAAGAUACUGGUCUCCCUUAUGUAAUCUGAGUUUACCAUCAUGAAUGAGCAAGGCAAGUAAAAUCAUCCUCCAGUUUCACUGCAGUCUGGUACCAGUUAAACCACUGCGUUAGAUUCACAGGUUUAUGCAUGUUCGUGUGUUAAAGGACCAC